AUAUGGGGAGGGAUUUCUGCUGACUGAAAUGCUAUAAAUGUAUCUUUCAGGUAUUAGGGCAAAUCAGACGCGAAAUGGCAGAAGGGAAUUCUGGAAGAGGAAUGAAGGGCAGUUCAUCUAGUACUGACCCAGAGAAACCUUUGAAAGGAAGAAAAAGUACAACCAGGUCAGACAAGCAAAGCAGAGAAAAGAAUGUGUGCAUUAGCAGGGAAGAAGGAGACGACAAGCCUCGGGAUAUCCAUUUAAACCGGGGCAAAUCAGUAAAUGGAAGGAGACAACCCAGUACUAAAGCAGAAUCAGGUGACAAGAAGCAAGGGAAACAUAAAAAGGAAGACACUAAAGCGUCACCUGAAACUAGGGCAAUGGGAACAAUACCACGGACACCCACCAGAAAGAAGACCACCAAGGAGUCUACUGAUUCUCCUAAAUUUGAAGAUAGUGUGGCAAAACCAUUCAGCACUCAAAGAAAGAGCAGCAAGGUAUCUACAGACAUGGCAUCACAACCCCAAACAAAUCAGGAGACACCCAUUCCAUCUCGUGAAAGUCGUAGAAGUCUAAAAGCUGUAGUGGAGAAACUGAAAGUAAAAAUGGUUGAAAAAUCAGCUGCAGCUCAGAUAGUGAAUAAUACUAUAGAUAACAUUCUCAAGUGUGCCAGUUUGAAAGAACAUCCUAUAUUUAAGGAUAUUUUAAAAAUGAAUACUGGAAGCUACUAUGAAGGGCUUAAGGUAAGAGAACAAAAUCUUCUUGAUACAAAAUUACAAUUCAUUUUAUAUGUAACUCUUACCUUUUUUUUAAAAAAUUCUUUAUUUUUGUAGUGCAGAAACUUAUAACAGAUGGUUGUGAGGUACCCCAAAGGCAAUCCUCCACCGUAUUGUAAACAUUUGGACAUAUAGGUACCAGAUAGGUCUAGCACUAUUUUUAAGGUUAGUUUAAGUAGUAAACAGUAGAGGGUUAAACAGUUAACUCUGGUAUUUAACUUAAGGUAACAUCGCUGGUGUAUCAGGUCAGCUAAUAUUUUAUGUGUUAUUGAUAUACAAUUGAGUAGGUUCUGAUGCGUGAUCGGUGUCACAGUCUAGUGUGCACGUCUAAUGUGUGCUAUGUCUUAAGUAUGGCUGUGGACUGCUAGACUGCUUCGUUGGUCAAAGAACUGGCCUCUUGCUUCCCCUUUCGCUAUUAUGAUUUGUUAAGUCUCUUCGGCUGUCAGUGUAUUUACUUAUCUAUUGGGUUAUACCCUGUGGCGAAACCGACCUCGCCACUGGGCAUUGAAGAAGACUGAUUGCCAGCCUCCUGCCAUGUGACUAUGGCCCCUGGGAUGUAUUGCCCUUUAAAGACAUGAUUUGGGCAUAAUGGAUUUGUGUUGUGCUGCUGCUGGCCCUUUAAGAAGCAUCUGGGGACAUACUGUGGAGUUACUUGGUGGCCACCAUUUCAUGUAUCAGAAGCACAUGGUGAGAACAAUGGAUGGUGGCCAUUUUAACUCACAGACACUGUUUGGACUUUUCUACACGGUACCAUCUCGCCAGUAUUUGGUGCACAGAGAAAUCGUGCGGUGGUUUUGGACUAUACAACAGGGGACACAUUAUACAGCAAUUGUUUUUCAUAUAGCCUGUAUAUGUUCUGCGGAAUCUGCAUUAAACUGUAUCUUCCAAAGUACUGAACGGAUCUGGGUGAAUUUUGGAUACAGUAAAAAGUAUCACAGCAAUAAUAGUGCUGUUUGUGUGUGAAAAAUGCAAAAAAGUCACUUUUACUGGCGAUAUCGUUGUAAUACAUUUUACUGUUUUGAAACACUAAUAUUUGUGUUCAGCAGUCUCCCGAGUAGAACAGUACCUCCCAUGUACAGGUUUUAUGGUGUCUUGGAACGUUAUAGGGUUAAAUAUAGUGCUAGCAAAUUAAAUUCCCUUUACUUUCGGCAUGGGUUGUCAGGCAGGUCCCGCUAAUUGUAAUUAAUUAAGAUACCUAAUUAUGUAAAAAUAUUACAUAAAUAUAUAUGUAGAAAUAAUAUAUGUAUAUAUAUAUAUACGUGUGUAUAUAUGUAUAUAUAUAUAUAUAUAUAUAUAAUUUUUUAAAAAUAUUUUUAUUUAUAUAUAGAUAUAUAUAGUGAUAUAUAUGUGUAUAUUUAUGUAUAUAGAUAUAUAUAUUUUGUUCUAUGUGUAUUUUGAUAUAAAUAUAUAUAUAUAUUAAUAUCACAAUACAAUAUCACAAUACAGUUAGAACUAAAUAAAACAUAUCUAUAUAUAUUUUAAUUAUUUUAUUUAUUUGAUUUUUUUCAAUUUGACAAUUUUUUAUUUUGACAUAUUUCAAAACAGUAUAAGGGGGGGUACAGAAAUAAAAAGGGGGAGGGGGUACAAACGGUAGUGCUUACAUAGACAGGUCUCCACUUUUAGUAUUGUUAACAGUUCGUAACUUUUUCAUUCUAGAACCUUUUAUCAGAUUUAGCUUGGAAAUGUCCUCUACUUAGGUGUAAGACUGAAAGCAUGAAACUGUUGGGUAGGGAGGGGGUUCCAGAACGGAAGGGGGAGGGGUUGAGAGGGGGUCCAUAUCAUACCUGUAACUCAGGGUUUACAGUCACCGUUAUUAGGAUUCCUUAAUUAUGUCUCGUACCUACGUACACCCUGUGUCUUCCUACAAUCAGCAGGUUUUUGUCUACUCUUGAGGUUCUGUUACUUCUCGCUUGGUUAUCUAUCCUUGUCUAGAGGUUGUCUUUUGGGGCUUAUUGUUUCUGGUGGUUUGGUUGUCUGGGGUCUCUCUUCCCAUAACCUUCAUGCUUCCAUGGCCGUAUCUGUCAUGGGGAGAACCCCUCUAUAACGGGAUUCGUAUAUUUGUUAUGUGUCAAUGUCCCUGCACACCUCCUCUACCCGUGGUGGCCUACGUUUCUUCCAUAGUCUGGCUAUUGCUCUCUGGGCUGUCAAGAGGAUGUGAAAGGUCUGCACCUCUUUAGGUGUGUUGUCUGGCAUGUGUAGCAGAAGGUAUGCUAGGGGUGUGUAUGGGAGCUUAACUUGUGUAGUGUCUCGGAUCAGGCAGCCAAUUUCUUGCCAGAAGCUGGUUAGCUGGUCGCAUUGCCACCAGGUGUGUAGUACUGUUCCCUCCUCUUUCCCACAUCGCCAGCACUCUGGGGGGGAGCCCGGGUAUAGCUUAUGUAGCCGAGUUGGUACCAUGUACCACCUAUAUAGGGUUUUCCUGUACUGUUCCAGGAGGGUCUCUGACUUGACUAGUUUUGCGGUUGCUACUAUGGCACGUUCCCAGUGGUCCUUGCUUACGUGGCCUUGUAGGUCUUGUGCCCAUUGCCUGGCCGGGUUAGAGUCUGCAAAGUGUUGUGCGGGUCUGAGAAGCUGGUAACACCAGGAGAGCGGUUUAAAUGCUGGUGUCCAUGCACCUUUGGUGGUCUUUUGUUCCCAUGCUGUCAUACUGGGGGGACUUCCAUCUGUGGUGGGAGUUUUAUCUGUAUGUUUAUGGAGGAACGAUCUUAGUUGCAUGUGGGAGAAUUGUGAGGCCGCUGGUAUAUGGUAUUUUUCCCAGGGUUCGAGUCCUGCAGGAACGCGUGGGAACGGCGUUCCUGCACUUUUUUCACAGCAGGAACGCCGUUCCCACUGCAGGCACUCAGGGGGCGGCAACAAAUGCCGCCCCCAAAUGCCCCCCCUUGUUUCCUCUGUCAUGGGUGGGCCACCUGAUGGAUUGCCCCGGCGCAUGGCUCUCUCCCUGUCACACGCGGAGAGGGAGCUGUGUGCUCUCUGCUCCCUCUCGCCGUGCGGGAUGUCUGCUGAUGCUGGGAGCUGGAAUAUGACGUCAUCAACCCGGCUCCCAGCAUCAGCAGACAUCCCGCGCGGCGAGAGGGAGCAGAGAGCACACAGCUCCCUCUCCGCGUGUGACAGGGAGAGAGCCGUCCUCACUGCAGCCCCACUGGACCCCAGGGAAAGGUAGGGAUGCUGGGUGGGUGGGAAAUGUUAAUUUUUUUACAUUAUUAUUAAUUUGUAUAUAUGUAUGUCUGUUUGUGGAUGUCUGUUUGUGGAUGUGUGGAUGUCUGUUUGUGGAUGUCUGUUUGUGGAUGUGUGGAUGUCUGUUUGUGAAUGUGUGGAUGUCUGUUUGGGGAUGUGGAUGUCUGUUUGUGGAUGUGUGGAUGUCUGUUUGUGGAUGUGUGGAUGUCUGUUUGUGGAUGUCUGUUUGUGGAUGUCUGUGGAUGUGUGGAUGUCUGUUUGUGGAUGUGUGGAUGUCUGUUUGUGGAUGUGUGGAUGUCUGUAUAUGUGUGGAUGUCUGUGUAUGUGUGGAUGUCUGUGUAUGUGUGGAUGUCUGUGUAUGUGUGGAUGUGGAUGUCUGUUUGUGGAUGUGUGGAUGUGGAUGUCUGUUUGUGGAUGUGUGGAUGUCUGUUUGUGGAUGUCUGUUUGUGGAUGUCUGUUUGUGGAUGUCUGUUUGUGGAUGUCUGUUUGUGGAUGUCUGUUUGUGGAUGUGUGGAUGUGGAUGUGUGGAUGUGGAUGUCUGUUUGUGGAUGUCUGUUUGUGGAUGUCUGUUUGUGGAUGUCUGUUUGUGGAUGUCUGUUUGUGGAUGUCUGUGUGUGGAUGUCUGUGUGUGGAUGUCUGUGUGUGGAUGUCUGUUUGUGGAUGUGUGGAUGUCUGUUUGUGGAUGUCUGUUUGUGGAUGUCUGUGUAUGUGUGGAUGUCUGUUUGUGGAUGUCUGUUUGUGUAUGUGUGAAUGUCUGUUUGUGGAUGUCUGUUUGUGUAUGUGUGGAUGUCUGUUUGUGGAUGUCUGUUUGUGGAUGUGUGGAUGUCUGUUUGUGGAUGUCUGUGGAUGUGUGGAUGUCUGUUUGUGGAUGUGUGGAUGUCUGUUUGUGGAUGUGUGGAUGUCUGUUUGUGUAUAGUUUGUGGAUGUCUGUUUGUGGACGUCUGUCUGUGGAUGUCUGUCUGUGGAUGUCUCUGUGGAUGUCUGUUUGUCUCAGUGUGUGUAGGAGUGUAUUUAUGUCUGUUAGCGUUUGUACGUGUGUAUGUGAGUGUAUGUGCUUCUGUUAGUGUAUGCAUGUGUAUGUUUGCAAUUGCAUGUAUGUGCAUACGUUAUUGUAAGUUUCUGUCAAAUAAGUGAGAGUCUGUCAUUUAGUGUGUGUGUUACUAUUAGUGUGUGUCUCUCUGUCAAUGAAUGAGUGUGUGUCAGUGAAUGUGUGUGUCAAAUCAGUGAAGUCUGUGUGUUUGUCAUUGAAUGUGUGUGUUACUGUCAGUGUGUAUCUGCCAGUGCGGGUGUCUGUCAGAGAGUGUGCUUAAAGGGACACUAUAGGCACCCAGACUACUUCAGCUCCUUGAAGUGGUCUGGGUGCAGUGUCCCAGUCUCCUUAAACCUUCUCAGAAACUGCAAUAAUUACCUGAGGGGUAACUCCAAGUCUAGUGGCUGUCUAUCAGACAGCCACUAGAGGGACUUUCGGGUGGUUAGGUGACCAAAAGUCACCUAACUGAUGCUGGACGUCCUCACCCUGUGCAUGAGGACAUCCAUCAUCUGCUAAAUACCCAUAGGAUUUUAACCCCUUCAGUGUCGAGUGGGGGAGGGGAGGACAUGAGAGGAGGGGGGCACUAUAUGGAAUUAUAGUGCCAGGAAAACAACUUUGUUUUCCUGGCACUAUAGUAUUUCUUUAAAAGGAGCAGGAAAAGGUGGAGUCUAAAGAGGAAGGGGUGGGUUCUUAAUCAGGAAGUGGUGCACCCUUGACAUGAAGGAGUGGUACAUUUAGAUUAGGGGGGUGCUCUAUAGUCAUGUCUAGGGCAGCAUAAAAUUAAAAUACACCACUGUGUGAGUGUAUGUGUGUGUGCACGCGUGUGUAUCUGUGUAUGUGUAUAUAUAUAUAUAUAUAUAUAUAUAUAUAUAUACAUAUACAUACACACACACAUACAUACAUACAUACAUAUAUAUACAUACACAUACAUACAAGUGUUUUGGGGUUUUUUUUGGGAGAGUUCCCACACUUUUUUCCCCAGGACUUGACUCCUGAUUUUUCCUGUAAGGUCGGAAAGGGUUUGAGCUUAUUGGAUGUGAGCAAUUGGUGCAGGUGCGUGACCCCGUUGGUUAUCCACGGCUUGGCAUUAAAUGUUGGGAUACAAUACGUGGUAGUGUUAAGCGGGGUGGCUGGAGAUAGUGGAGUAGGGGUUGUCAGUUUAUGCCUAACCUUGUCCCAAACCUUCAAUGCUGUUUUGACCUGUGUUGGUAGCUGUGGCACUGCUGGCCUGAACUGAGUCGGGAGCCACAUUAAUGUGGGUAUGUCAAAGGGCUUAAUAGCUAUUUUCUCUAGUCGCACCCACUGCGGUGCAGUCGUGUUUGUGAAGUGGGGAAGGAGUGCUGCUAGUGCAGCUGCUUGGUAGUACGACUUAAUGUCUGGCAAUGCGAGGCCUCCCUGUCUCGCUGGUGCUCGUAUUAGUGUGUCCCGUACCCGGGCCUUUUGGCCCCCCCACACGAACUUGUUAAUGUCCUUCUGUGUUUCUCUGAGGUAAGAGGCGGGUACCUGUAUCGGUAAAUUGCGAAAUAAGUAUUGGAGCCUAGGGAUUAUGGACAUCUUGACGGUUGCUACUCUCUCUGUCCAGGUCAGGAACAAUGUGCCCCAUUUUUUCAUUAGCUGGCGACAUUCCCCCCAUACUUUAACAUAAUUGGCCGAAAGUGUUUCCGUGGGUUUUUUUGUGAAGGUUAGUCCUAGGUAUUUUAUUGUGUCUGUUCUCCAUUCGAAAAGGUGGGUCUCCUUGAGAGCAAUCAGGGUUUGUUGGCUAAGCCGUAUUCCCAGCGCCUGCGUCUUGUUGGCAUUGAGAGAGUAAUAUGACAUCGUGCCAUAUUCUCUGAUGAGGUCUAAAAUGAGUGGGGUCGAUUUUUCAGGUUCGGUAACACAGAUAAGGAUGUCAUCUGCGAAUGCGCUGAUUUUGAUGUCCCUACCAUACAGGUCUAUUCCUUUAAUACCCUUCUGGUUCCUGAUUUGGAUCAGAAGCGGUUCUAGGGCCAGGACAUACAAUAGUGGUAAUAGAGGGCACCCUUGUCGUGUACCAUUCGUUAGGGGGAAUGGAUCCGAGAGGAAGCCGGCUUGCAGCACCCGGGCCGUGGGACCUGUGUAUAGGGCGAAGAUCUGUUUAAUAAAUUCGGUGGGGAUAUCAUAUUGUAGAAGCGUGUGUUCAAGGAAUGACCAGUUUAGACGGUCAAACGCCUUUUCGGCAUCUAAGGCUAGUAGGAGCCUGCCCUGUCCUGAUCCCCUCAGUUUAUCUAGCACCAAGGAGAGCUUUCUAGUAUUGCCCCUGCCCUGCCUGCUCUUGAUGAAUCCUGUUUGGUCAUCCCCUAUGAUGGUUGGAAGAAUAUGUGCCAAUCUAUUGGCUAAGAUCUUAGCGUAUAUCUUCGUAUCGGUGUUGAGAAGGGAAAUAGGUCGAAAGUUUUUGCAGUUAUCUGUAGGUUUAUCUGGUUUUGGGAGUGUUACUAUUGUGGCCACCAGCAUUUCGGAUGGGAGGGCUCCUGUUUCUGCUGCCUUGAGGUGUUAGUGUAUCUAUGAAAGCUUUAUAAUAAGCGUUCGAGAAGCCAUCUGUGCCCGGGGAUUUGCCCAGGGGCAGAGUCUUAAUUACCCCCCGGAUCUCCUGUAUGGUGAUCGGUUCCAGCAGGGCGUUCACUGAGUUCUGAUCUAUUUUAGGGAGUUCUAUAUCUUGUAAGUAUCUACGAAUAGAGUGUGAUUCCGGGGCUUUUGCGCCUCCGCUUGAAUCUAGGUUGUAUAGCUGUUUGUAGAAGUGUGCAAAUUCCUGCACUAUGUCCGCGGGGUUCAUGAGCUUAUCUCCUGUGCGUCCUAUGAGAUAUGGGAUUCUAUUGGCGGCCUGUCUGGUUCUGAGUCUAUUGGCCAGGUAUUUGGAUGCCUUGCCACUGUGGUGGUAUGUGGUGGCCCUCAGUCUGUGUAGGAAAUAUUGGGUCUUUUGGGCAUUGAGUUCCGUGAGAUCUCGGUAUAGGUCUCUUAACUUGUCUGCUAAGGCCGCGGUGGGCGUCUUUUUAUUCUGUGCUGUGGUGAUCGCUAUUUGUUUGUGACAGUCUAGGAGGGUGGUUUGGUGGCUUUUCUUUAUGAACGCUGCUUGUCUAAUGAACUAUCCCCUCAUCACCGCUUUGUGUGCGGACCAUACUGUGCAGUCUGAGACCUCUCCUGUUGAGUUUGCCAGGAAAUAUUCGCUAAGUUCUGUCCUCAUACGUUCUACGAAUGGUUUGUCUAGGAGGAGAGACUCGUUGAGUCUCCAUGUACCCCUGCCCUGGGGUUGGUACGUGUCCUCUAGGUCAAGAUAGAUCGGGCUAUGAUCUGAUCAUGUUAACUCUCCUAUUUUACAGUUUGUCAGUUGUGGUAGGGUCUUGUUGUCUAAGAAGAAUGUGUCUAUACGUGUAUAGGAGUUGUGAACCCUGGAGUAAAAAGUGUAGUCCCGGUCUGUAGGGUGUAACGUCCUCCAGCUGUCAUAUAAGUUGUACAGAGUCAAUGUGUUGGUGAGGGUUUUGCAGAGGGCUUGAGUCCUUUUUUUGUGUUUUCCCUGCGGCGAGGCGGUGGUAUCAAGGGUCGGGGACUGGAUGAAGUUGAAGUCUCCUCCUAAUAUGAGCCCCCCUUGUUUACAUGUAUCCAGUUUGGACAAGAGUGAUUUGAGGAAGGAGUUUUGGUUGUCGUUCGGGAAGUACGCUGUGCUUAUGGUGUAUUGUAUAUUGUUGAAGAGCCCCACCAUUAUGAUAUAUCUCCCUUUAGGGUCUAUGUAGCUGCUUUGCAGAGUAAAGGCGACAUCCUUAUGUAUUAAGACGGAAACCCCUUUUGUCUUUGCGUCUGAUAGGGCAUGGUACUGUAUAGGGUACAGUUUUGUAAAAAGUGAUGGGGCUAUGGGGUGUCUAAAGUGUGUUUCUCUACUGCGUUUUUCUUGAGUUCGUGUAAGAGCAAUCUGCGUUUUCCAGGGGAAUUUAGCCCUCUAACGUUGUAUGACACUAUUCUCAUUCUGGUGAGUUUUUGUCAGGUAAAACUAGUUUUGAUAUCCGUGUAGGUAGGAUUACACCCUUUUUUUCUCGUGGGCAGUAUUUCCGUACGUGUCGUCGUGUAACAGUUCAGUGCGAGUGCCUAUUACAAGAGAAGAUAUGGAGUCAGGAAAGGGGCGGGGUAUGGUCAACCUUAACUGUUGGCCUAGUGUAGUGCACUCCGUGGUUGAGGGAAAGGGGGGGGGGGAAAGGAGGGCAAGGCCCUAUGAGGCUCCUCUGAGUCGAGCUGUUUUCCGGCGCCCCUGGGGCGCCUGCAGUUUAGGGGGUUGGUGAACUUGGGACUUCCCGUUGAGGUAUAUGUCCCUGUCAGCCCACACACACACACACCCUGGGGCACAAUGGGUGCUGAUGCGGUUAACUUAUGGUACUGUUACUUUACUUUUUUUUUUUUUUUUUCAUCUUCAACAACCUGUGAGUCUCCGGUGUCCUGACUCCCCUUCCCGUGGUGAUUGGGCAGUGUCAUGAUCUAACCGAGAAUACUUCUCGUUGUGUGCCUGUCGGGUCUGAGUGGGAGGAGGUCGGGGGGGGGCCCCGGUGAUUACCCUUGCAUGUCUCAAGUGAAACAAUCGGUUAAGAAAGCAUAAGAUUACAUAACAAUAAGUAUAACAACAUAACUGGUAACUUGAUUGUGCGUCUUACGUAUACCGCUCAAGUAUGGAGUUCCUUUAACGGGAUGCCCAGUCCUGGGCCAGGCGGGGAGAUUUCGUCAGGCCCGAGUUUGGCAAUUCGGCCAAUGGGAUACCCCAGUCUCUAAGCAGCUUUAUUCCUUGCGGCGCUGAUGUGAUGGAGUGGAGGGAAUCUUGGUGAUAUAUUAGCAGCUUAGCCGGAUAUCCCCACCUGUAGUUUAGUCCCUGGUUUCGCAGUGACAACGUGACUUGUGCCACGGAUUUGCGGUACUGUAGGGUCUCUGCCGAGAGAUCGGAAAAGAUUUUUAUAUUAGCGAAUCUCUCUGGCAUUCCUCUGUUCCUGCUUGCCUUGAUAAUUUUUUCUUUGGCCUGAAAGAAGUGCACUCUUGCUAUGACGUCUCUCGCAGCCGUGUUGGGUAGGUGACUGGGUCUUCUGAGUCGGUGCGCUCUGUCUAGCAGCAGUUGGUCUGGGUGCAGUUCGGGGGUCAUCUGCUGGAACAUGUCCUGUAGAUAUUUUUCUAAGUCAGCAUUUGUUACUGGAAUACCAGGGCCUUUUGAACACCUGCUAAUGUUUUUAUAAAUGUAUGGUUUAGUGUAACUGUGCAACAACGUUGCAAUUAAAUGUGCUAUAUAAAUAACAGUUACUCCGCCCACUCCAGUUGUAGACUACUGGUGGAGGCAAGAACACUUCACAAAAUUUCCCCAGAAAUUGUAGCUUUUCUAGUUUUUAAAGUUUUUUCUAAAGGUCAUUUUUAAAAACACCUAAUCUAGGCAAAAAAUAAUAGGGUUUAGUUACAUUAUAUGAUCAUACAUUGCAUAUGCUUGCCAACAAUGCCAAUGUACCCCAUCUUUGUCAGGUCCUACUCUCACAGCCUAUGUAAAUAACUCACUUACUUGGGGGGACAAUUCCAUCCGCAGUACAAGGCUAAAUAGGGACCUGAGAUGCACCCCUCCCCGUUACAGGUGCCUCAUCACUGAAUGCUAGAAUAGAUUUUUUAAUCUUGAGUGAGAACCCUCUGAUGCAAUUACCUUGAGGAUAUUUGUUGCAUAUGAACUAACUGAGUGGGAACUUUAUUUAACAAGAACUUUUUUCAAAUACCUUGAUGUUAUGCAGCCACUACACUAAGAGAAUCAUAUUGUCAUUUCCAUAUAGUUUUGCCCAAAUUUGAACAGAUUUAUAAAAAAUAUUCAUCACUUCCCCCUGGUAACACUCAUGUGCUUAGCAGGGGUUAAUUCAGACCGACAUAUAAUAACAGCAAGUAAUACAUGUAACGGCACCCCCAGGCAUAAAAGGGUUAAACCACCGUUUAGUAGAUCUUCCCCUUCCAGAAAUACAGGAACAGCUACUGCACAACACCAAACUCCCGAACCGCAUAUAAGGGAAUGCUCCAAACUCCCGAACUGCAUACAAAAUAGCACUCCAAACUCCCGAACUGGAACCUCACAAAUAGCUGCUAGCAGACGAAUAGGAAAAGCACCCAAGCGGCUUACACUCCUAGCAAUCAGUCACUAUCAGCAUAAAGUAAAUCUCCCCAAGAACGAGACAGAGCUCCCUGUUGAGGGUCAAGCAGUGGUCCAUUGGUUCAAAAGAUAGAUCGAAGUCCUUUGUGACCAAAGGAAGCAUGGCUUUUCUGCCCAAAACCAGUUCCACAGAGUCUUCUAUCCUGGAGAUAAUUGGAAAGUAAUCCAAUUAUCUCCAAGGACAGAGGCAAAACUCCAUUAACCACAUGGCAGUAAAAGACACUAAAAGACAUAAAAAUGUAUAAAGUUAUACAUUCUACCUAUCCCCAGAUAGCGCACAUUAUUACCGGAUGGCGCUCAGAUCACAUAAAUACAGUUCAAUCGCCAUGGAGCCAAAGUCUUUCCCAUAGUCUUUCGUUACACGAAUAGGCUCCAUGGCAUGGCUAUCUGGGGUAAUUCUGUUCAUACGGUUAAACUACCGAAUGAACAGGCAUCCGGUUAAAUGACCGAAUGCAGAAGCAAGAAGGUUUUUUAACAUGGGACCAUAGUCCAAUGGCAACAGGCGAGCAACCAGGCUUCUCCAAUGUUUCGUGGCGAGGUUGGUUUCGCCUCAAUACAUAACAUAGUAAGGCACAGAAACAUAAUAAAAAACAGUCAGAUGUGUGCUGAAAAGGCUGUGGUCUUUUAUUUAGUUUACAAAUUAUACAAACGUAACUCAUUUACUUUAAAACACAUAAUUUGUAACCAAACAUCUCCGGUCUUUAACCCCUUAACGCCGUUACGGCGUUCUAUGCCGUCCCGCAUUAAGUGGGCUUUAAAGCCGUUGCGGCAGCAUAGAACGCCGUAACGGCUUUGAGCGCUGGAGCGCCCGGGAUACUUACCUACCCAGCGCUCCGCUUCGGGAGGACUGCCUCACAGCCUAGACAGCCCUCCCACAGCAAAUGAGGCCCCCGGGGGCCAUGUGAUCGCUCUCAAAGAGCGAUCACAUGGCCCCCUAUACCUGGCUGUGGAUCUGCUGGUGGGAAAGUAAAUAAAAAAUGAAACAUGUUAUAAAAUAAAAUAGAUAUAUUUAUUAUUUUAUUAUUUUAUUUAUUUAUUAUUGUAAUUAUACGUAUAUAUAAUAUAUGUGUCUAUAUCUAUUAUAUAUAUAUAUAUAAUAUAUAUACUAUAUAAUAUAUAUACAUAUUAUAUAUAUGUAACGUCAUACAUAGUGUAUUUUAAUAUUAAUAUUAAAAGCACAUUUAUUAGUAUUAAAAUACACUUAGAAUGACGUUACAUAUAUAUAAUAUGUAUAUAUAUUAUAUAUAUAAUAGAUAUAUACACAUAUUAUAUAUAUAAGUAUAAUUACAAUAAUAAAAUUAAUAAAUAAAAUAUUGAAACAAAAUUUAAUAUAACUUACCGUAUAUACUCGAGUAUAAGCCGACCCGAAUAUAAGCCGAGGCCCCUAAUUUUACCACAAAAAAAAUGGGAAAACUUAUUGACUCGAGUAUAAGCCUAGGGUGGGAAAUGCAGCAGCUACUGGUAAAUUUCUAAAUAAAAUUACCGGUAGAUCCCAAUAAAAUUACAUUAAUUGAAUAUUUAUUUACAGUGUGUGUAUAGAAUGAAUGCAGAGUGUGUGUUUGUGUGUAUAGAAUGAAUGCAGAGUGUGUGUUUGUGUGUUGUGUGUGUAUAUAAUGAAUGCAGAGUGUGUUUGUGUGUGUAUAUAUAAUGAAUGCAGUUUGUGUGUGUGUAUAUAAUGAAUGCAGUGUGUAUAUAGUGCAGUGUGUGUAAACUGGGUGAGGGGAGGGCAUUUUUAUUUUAAUUUUUUUAUUAUAUUAUUUUAAUAAUAUUAUUUUAUUAUUAUAUUAUUAUUUUAAUAUUAUAUCAUUUUAAUAACAUUAUUUUAUUUAUUAUUUUAAUAUUUGCAUUAUUUUUUUUAAAAUGUUUUUUUGUCCAACCUCCCUGCUUGUUGCCUGGCCAGGGAGGGGGGACAAAAAAAAAAUAAUACAAAUAUUAAAAUAAUAAUGAUAUACUAAUAAAAUAAUAUUAUUAUUUUAAUAUUAUAUUAUUUUAAUAUUAUAUUAUUAUUAUUUUAAUAUUUGCAUUAUCUUUUUUUUAAAUGUUUUUUUGUCCCCCCUCCCUGGCCAGGUAACAAGCAGGGAGGGGGGACAAAAAACAUUUUAAAAAAAAUAAUGCAAAUAUUAAAAUAAUAAUAUAAUAAAAUAAUAUUAUUUUAAUAUGAUAUUAUUUUAAUAAUAUUAGUUUAUUAUUAUUAAAAUAAAAUAAUAUUAAAAUAAUACUGAAUCCCUGGUGGUCCAGUGGCAUUGGCUGUUCAGUGGGGGGGCUGGCGGCGAGCUGUUACUUACCUUCCUGCAGCUCCCUUCUCCUCCGUGCAGCUCCUCUGUCAGCUCCGUUCUGCUCACAGUGUAAGUCUCGUAAGAUCCGCGGAUCUCGCGAGACUUACACUGUAAGCAGAACGGAGCUGCACGGAGGAGAAGGGAGCUGACAGGAGCUGCAGGAAGGUAAGUAACAGCUCACUGUCAGCCCCCCCUUGUAAUGAGCCCGGCGGUCCUGGUCUGUAUUGUGGUGUAUCGAGUAUAAGCCGAGUGGGGGUUUUUCAGCACAAAAAAUGUGCCGAAAAACUCGGCUUAUACUCGAGUAUAUACGGUGUAUAUUCAUAUGUAAUUUCAUUCUAACUGUAUUUUGUUAUUAAUAUAUAUAUAUAUAUAUAUAUACAUAUAUAUAUAUAUAUAUAUAUGUAACAAAAUACUUAGAAUGACAUUCUAUAUAUAUCUAUCUAUAUAUAACAUACAAAUAACCGCAAAUAUAUAUAGAUAAAUACAUAUAAUUACAUAAAAGAUUACAUUAGUAUACACGUAGAAUUUAAAUACCUAUAAAUGCAUAUAUAUUAAAAUUCGACGUGUAUAUUUAACCCCUUAACCCCUUAAGGACCGAGGACGGUUCAGGACCGUCAUCGGCAUUUUUGCGUUGCCGACCGAUGACGGUCCUGAACCGUCCAAACGGUCUGGGGCUACUUACCUGAUCGCCGUCGUUCCCCCGGCGGCGAUCAGUGUUCCUCCGGUUGUGGGGAGACUGCCUGCAGCCCAGACAGUCUCCCCACGGCAGAUUAUGACCCCUGUGGCCAUGUGAUCGCUUAACACAGCGAUCACAUGGUCACAAUAGGUGUCCAUAGUGCUGCCUGCAGGGGGACUGUCUGUACUGACAGGCAGUCUCCCUGCAACUGUAAAAUCAGAAAAAAAAUUAAAGUUAAUGGUAAUAAAAAAAUAAUAAUAAUUAUAUAUGUAUAAAUAUGAUAUAUAGACAUAUAUUAUAUCUAUAUAAUAUAUGUCUAUAUAUCAUAUAUAUAAUACCAUACUAAGUGUAUUUUUAUAUUAAUAUGUACUUAUAUUAAAAUAAAAAUACACUUAUAAUUAAAUUACACACGUAUAUAUAUAAUAUAUAUAAUAACUAUAUAUAUUGUAUAUAUAUAUUAUUAUAAAAUAUAAAUAAUAAGUAAUUUAAAUUAAAUAAUUUUUUUUAAAUAAUAAUAAAAAAAAUUUAAAAAAUUAUAUAGCUAUAUGAAAUUUUAUUCUAACUGUAUUUUAAAAUUAAUAUAUAUAUAUUUAUAUCAAAAUACACUUAGAAUGAAUUUGUAUAUAUAUCUAUGUAUAUAAAAAUAAAUAAAAAUAAUAAGAAAUAUACAUACGUCCAUAUACAAAAUUACAUAAAUAAUUAUAUAAAUAUACACGUAGACUUCAAAUAUAUAAAUAUGCAUAUAUAUUUAAAUUCUACGUGCGUAUUUAUGUAAUAUUUUUACAUAAUUCAGUAAUUUUAUUGAUUGCAAUUUGAGGGACCUGCCUGCCAACCCAGGCCGAAAUUCCAGAGAAUUUAAUUUGCUAGCACUGUAUUUUACCCUGUAACGUUCUACGACACCCUAAAACCUGUACAUGGGGGGUACUGUUUUACUCGGGAGACUUCACUGAACACAAAUAUUAGUGAUUCACAACAGUAAAACAUAUCACAGUGAUGAUAUUGUCAGUGAAAGUUACUUUUUUUGCAUUUUUCACACACAAACAGCACUUUUACUGAUGAUAUAAUUGUUGCGAUACGUUUUCCAGUUUUAAACACUAAUAUUUGUGUUCAGCGAUGUCUCCCGAGUAAACAGUACCCCCCAUGUACAGGUUUUAUAGCAUUUUUGAAAGUUACAAGGUCAAAUAUAUGGGUCAAAUAUUUUUACAUUGAAAAUGGCCAGGUUGGUUACGUUGCCUUUGAGAGCGUAUGGUAGCCCAGGAAUGAGAAUUACCCCCAUGAUGGCAUACCAUUUGCAAAAGAAGACAACCCAAGGUAUUGCAAAUGGGGUAUGUCCAGUCUUUUUUAGUAACCACUUGGUCACAAACACUGGCCAAAAUUAGCGUUCAAUUUAGUUUUUUUACUUUUUUCACACACAAACAAAUAUGAAUGCUUACUUUGGCCAGUGUUUUCGACUAAGUGGCUACUAAAAAAGACUGGACAUACCCCAUAUUGAAUACCCUGGGUUGUCUACUUUAAAAAAAAUAUGUACAUGUGGGGUGUUAUUCAGAGAUUUAUGACAGAUAAUAGUGUUACAAUGUCACUAUUGAUAAAUUUUAAAAAUGUAUGUUUUAAACCGCAAUAUCCUACUUGUACCUAUAGCCCUAUAACAUGCAAAAAAAAGCAAAAAAGCACGUAAACACUAGGUAUUUUUAAACUCAGGACAAAAUUUUGAAUCUAUUUAGCAGUUUUUUCAUUCGCUUUUGUAGAUGAGUAAAAGAUUUUUCAAGUAAAAGUCAAAAAACAUGUAUUUUUUCAAUUUUUCAUCAGAUUUUUGUAUUUUUUAAAUUAAAAUACAUGAGAUUAUAUAAAUAAUGGUAUGUAAAGAAAGCCCAUUUUGUCCUGAAAAAAACAAUAUAUAAUUUGUAUGGGAACAGUAAAUGAGAAAGCGGAAAAUUACAGCCAAACACAAACACCACAAAAGUGUAAAAAUAUUCCUGGUCGCAAAUGUACAACAUCGCAAAAACAGUCCAGUCCUUAAGGGGUUAAGGACUGUGACAAAUGUACACCUUGUUACGAAACAAAAUGUAAACAAAACCUGGCAUUUGCGCUACAUGUCUGUCCAACCGUAAUUCACCUCUUUCAUAGUAAAUGCACCCACCCUUAUUAUAUAUCAUUUUAUUCAGGGGAAACAGGGCUUUCAUUUAAUAUCAAAUAUUUAGCUAUGAAAUGUAAUUUAAUAUAAAAAAAAAUGGGAGAAAAUAAGAUUUUUUAAAUUUUUUUAGUUCUACAUGACAUUUUAACUGUCAAUGUCAUAAUACUGUUUGCUUUUACUGCAAUAAAAUACACAUAUUUGUAUUCAGCAAAGUCUCACGUGUAAAACAGUACCCCCUAUGUACAGGUUUUAUGGCGUUUUGGGAAGUUACAGGGUCAAAUAUAGCACGUUACAUUUGAAAUUGAAAUUCGCCAGAUUGGUUACGUUGCCUUUGGGACUUUAUACAGGGGAGUGCAGAAUUAUUAGGCAAGUUGUAUUUUUGAGGAUUAAUUUUAUUAUUGAACAACAACCAUGUUCUCAAUGAACCCAAAAAACUCAUUAAUAUCAAAGCUGAAUAUUUUUGGAAGUAGUUUUUAGUUUGUUUUUAGUUUUAGCUAUGUUAGGGGGAUAUCUGUGUGUACAGGUGACUCUUACUGUGCAUAAUUAUUAGGCAACUUAACAAAAACAAAUAUAUACCCAUUUCAAUUAUUUAUUAUUACCAGUGAAACCAAUAUAACAUCUCAACAUUCACAAAUAUACAUUUCUGACAUUCAAAAACAAAACAAAAACAAAUCAGUGACCAAUAUAGCCACCUUUCUUUGCAAGGACACUCAAAAGCCUGCCAUCCAUGGAUUCUGUCAGUGUUUUGUGUGCUGCGUGCAGCAGCAACCACAGCCUCCCAGACACUGUUCAGAGAGGUGUACUGUUUUCCCUCCUUGUAAUUCUCACAUUUGAUGAUGGACCACAGGUUCUCAAUGGGGUUCAGAUCAGGUGAACAAGGAGGCCAUGUCAUUAGAUUUCCUUCUUUUAUACCCUUUCUUGCCAGCCACGCUGUGGAGUACUUGGACGCGUGUGAUGGAGCAUUGUCCUGCAUGAAAAUCAUGUUUUUCUUGAAGGAUGCAGACUUCUUCCUGUACCACUGCUUGAAGAAGGUGUCUUCCAGGAACUGGCAGUAGGACUGGGAGUUGAGCUUGACUCCAUCCUCAACCCGAAAAGGCCCCACAAGCUCAUCUUUGAUGAUACCAGCCCAAACCAGUACUCCACCUCCACCUUGCUGGCGUCUGAGUCGGACUGGAGCUCUCUGCCCUUUACCAAUCCAGCCACGGGCCCAUCCAUCUGGCCCAUCAAGACUCACUCUCAUUUCAUCAGUCCAUAAAACCUUAGAAAAAUCAGUCUUGAGAUAUUUCUUGGCCCAGUCUUGACGUUUCAGCUUGUGUGUCUUGUUCAGUGGUGGUCGUCUUUCAGCCUUUCUUACCUUGGCCAUGUCUCUGAGUAUUGCACACCUUGUGCUUUUGGGCACUCCAGUGAUGUUGCAGCUCUGAAAUAUGGCCAAACUGGUGGCAAGUGGCAUCGUGGCAGCUGCACGCUUGACUUUUCUCAGUUCAUGGGCAGUUAUUUUGCGCCUUGGUUUUUCCACACGCUUCUUGCGACCCUGUUGACUAUUUUGAAUGAAACGCUUGAUUGUUCGAUGAUCACGCUUCAGAAGCUUUGCAAUUUUAAGAGUGCUGCAUCCCUCUGCAAGAUACCUCACUAUUUUUGACUUUUCUGAGCCUGUCAAGUCCUUCUUUUGACCCAUUUUGCCAAAGGAAAGGAAGUUGCCUAAUAAUUAUGCACACCUGAUAUAGGGUGUUGAUGUCAUUAGACCACACCCUUCUCAUUACAGAGAUGCACAUCACCUAAUAUGCUUAAUUGGUAGUAGGCUUUCGAGCCUAUACAGCUUGGAGUAAGACAACAUGCAUAAAGAGGAUGAUGUGGUCAAAAUACUCAUUUGCCUAAUAAUUCUGCACUCCCUGUAGUAGCCCAGGGAUGAAAUUUACACCCAUAAUAGCAUACCAUUUACAAUAGUAGACAACCCAAGGUAUUGCAAAUGGGGUAUGUCCAGUCUUUUUUAGUAGCCAUUUGGUCACAAACACUGGCCAAAGUUAGCGUUAGUAUUUGUUUGUGUGAAAAAUGCAAAAAACACCAAUUUUGGCCAGUGUUGACUAAGUGGCUACUAAAAAAGACUGGACAUAAAAAAGACUGGACAUACCCCGUUUGCAAUACCUUGGGUUGUCUACUAUUGCAAAUGGUAUGCCAUCAUAGGGGUAAUUUUCAUUCUUGGGCUACCAUAGGGUCUCAAAGGCACCGUAACCAAUCUGGCGAAUUUUAAUGUGAAAAAAAUGAAACGCAAGCCUUAUAUUUGACGCUGUAACUUUUGAAAACACCAUAAAACCUGUACAUGAGGGGUACUGUUGUACUUGGGAGACUUCGCUGAACACAAAUUUUUAAUUAAUUUUUUUAAAUUAUUUUUUUAAUUGUAUUUUUUAACGUAUUUACAUUUUUUUUUAUAUUAUAUAUAAAUAUAUAUAUAACAAUAAUUAUAUAUAUAUAUAUAUAUAUAUUUAAUCAGUAUCAGUCUACGUGUAAUUUGAUAUUAAUAUAUAUAUUAAUAGUAAAAUACACCUAGACAGUGUAUGUGAGUGUAUGUAUAUUUGUAUAUAUAUAUACUUAGAUCAUAUAUAUAAUAUAUUUAUAUGAUCUAAGUAUAUAUAUUUUUUUUUUUACACAAAUUUUAUUUUAUUUUAUUUUCAGCCAGCAGGGGGACCACCUGUCAUUACAGGCAGCCCCCCUGCUAGCAAUGCAGGAGUCAGCCUACCCGGCCAUGUGAUUGUGGGGUCCUCGCUAGGACCCCACUCUCACAUGGCCGGGGGUCACCGGAGGAGAAGGAUCUGCCGUGGAUAAGUUAACAAAAACCAGAGGGCGUACAAUUACGCCCGGCUGCGUUUAGAGCCGCCUAAAAUAGGGCGUAAUUGUACGUCCUCCGGUCUAAAGGGGUUAAGUAAUCUUUUAACAUAAUUAUGUGAUUUGAUUAAUUAAAAUUUGAUUGACAUGCCUGACAACACAGGGAGAAAGUCCGGUCUUUCUUUACUUACCUGGUCGCCGGCGAUCGCGGUUGGGGGGGCAUCCGUCCUCCUGAAGCCCCCCCCCGGCCAUGUGGGAGUGAGGUCCUUGCGAGAACCUCACAAUCACAUGGCCAGGAUAGCUGGCUGCUGCAUUGCCAGCAGGGGGGCUGUCUGUAAUGACAGGUAGUCCCCCUGCUGGCUGGAAAUAAAAUAAAUGAAAGUUAAUAAAGUGUAAAAAAAAAAAAAUUCUAUAUUUAGCUCAUAUAUAUAUGUUAUAUAUAUAUGAGCUAAGUAUAUAUAUACACAUACACACACAUAUACUGUCUAGGUGUAUUUUACUAUUAAUAUAUAUAUAUAAUUAUAUAUAAAAAAUCCAAAUGGAUGGUUGCACUUUUUGAAUAAAAGUGCAAAGUUUAUUGUAAAGUCAUAAAAAACUGCGAUCAACGUUUCAGUCCUUCCAAGAGGACUUUCAUCAGGAUUAUAAUUAUAUAUAUAUAUAUUAAUAUCAAGUUACACGUAGACUGAUACUGAUUAAAUAUAUAUAUAUAUAAUUAUUAUAUAUAUAUUUAUAUAUAAUAAAAAAAAUGUAAAUACGUUAAAUAAAAAAAAAUUUAAAAUAAAUAAUUAAAAAAUAUAUAGAUAUGUGUUAUUUCGUUCUAACUGUAUUGUGAUAUUAAUAUAUAUAUAUUUAUAUCAAAAUACAGGUAGAACAAAAUAAUAUAUAUAUCUAUAUACAUAAAUAUAUACUUAUAUAUAUCACUAUAUAUAUACCUAUAUAUAAAUAAAAAUAUUUAAAAAAAAUUAUAUAUAUAUAUAUAUAUAUAUUAAUUCUACAUACAUAUUUAUGUAAUAUUUUUACAUAAUUAGGUAUCUUAAUUAAUUACAAAUAGUGGGACCUGCCUGACAACCCAUGCCGAAAGGAAAGGGAAUUUAAUUUGCUAGCACUAUAUUUAACCCUAUAACUUUCCAAGACACCAUAAAACCUGUACAUGGGGGGUACUGUUCUACUCGGGAGACUUCGCUGAACACAAAUAUUAGUAUUUCAAAACAGUAAAAUGUAUUACAACGAUGAUAUCGCCAAAUAAUUAUUUCAGACCAAAUAAUUAGCGAGUCCGGGAACAUUUGCUUAAAGGGACACUAUAGUCACCUGAUCAACUUUAGCUUAAUGAAGCAGUUUUGGUGUAUAGAACAUGCCCCUGCAGCCUCACUGCUCAAUCCUCUGCCAUUUAGGAGUUAAAUCCCUUUGUUUAUGAACCCUAGUCACACCUCCCUGCAUGUGACUUGCACAGCCUUCCAUAAACACUUCAUGUAAAGAGAACCCUGUUUAGGCUUUCUUUAUUGCAAGUUCUGUUUAAUUAGGAUUUUCUUAUCUCCUGCUAUGUUAAUAGCUUGCUAGACCCUGCAAGAGCCUCCUGUAUGUGAUUAAAGUUCAAUUUAGAGAUUGAGAUACAAUUAUUUAAGGUAAAUUACAUCUGUUUGAAAGUGAAACCAGUUUUUUUUUCAUGCAGGCUCUGUCAAUCAUAGCCAGGGGAGGUGUGGCUAGGGCUGCAUAAACAGAAACAAAGUGAUUUAACUCCUAAAUGACAGUGAAUUGAGCAGUGAAAUUGCAGGGGAAUGAUCUAUACACGAAAACUGCUUUAUUUAGCUAAAGUAAUUUCCUUUAAAAUGAAAAACAUCCUCCUUAAGUUGCUGAAACAAAACCACUGGCUUAAACUUAAAGAAUCACUAUAGUCAACAUAUAAAAGCAAAAAAGACAUGUCCCCCAGCCUUGUUUUUUGAUUUUAUAUGAACUUGACAUUUAAAAAAAAAAUAUCAGAGCCCUUUUUUUUAAUAAAUCUUACCUCUGUUCCAUGCCAUGCCCCCUUUUUUUGUAAAAAUGCCGAACUUGCAGGGCCCAAUAGGACGCUUCUUGCUGCACCGUCAUUGCGAUGUGGUGUGCAUGCACGGUUUCGUGCUGCACCAAUCGCCUUCUUCAUAGAGCGGCAUUGAAUGCCGCCCUAUGAUUAAACUCUGCACUCAACCACACAUGUGCGCAAAGUGUGCGUUCGCUGGCUGAGCUAUCUGACUGAUAGCUCAGCUUGCUUUCUAUACCCGCCCCCCACCUAUGGCAGCCCUCCUCAGCCAAACUUUGUGUGUUUGCAUAAAAACACUAUAUAGAGAGAUCUCUCUAUAUAUAGUGUUUGUAUACAAACACACAAAUAGUAAAAAAUUAAAAAUAUACACACACUCUCUUUCCAUCCAUCCCUAUCCAUCAAUAUCCAUUCAUCCCCAUCCAUCCAUCCCCAUCCAUCCAUCCAUAUCCCCAUCCAUCUAUCCAUCCCCCUCCAUCCAUCCCUAUCUAUCCAUCCAUCCCCAGCCACAUCUAUCCAUCCAUAUCCAUCCGAUGGAUGGAUGGAGAGGGAUGGAUGGAUGGAGCGGGAUGGAGAGGGAUGGGUGGAUGGAUAGGGAGGGAUGGGUGGAUGGAUAGGGAGGGAUGGAUGAAUAGGGAGGGAGGGAUGGAUGAAUAGGGAGGGAGGGAUGGAUGAAUAGGGAGGGAGGGAUGGAUGGAUAGGGAGGGAUAGAUGGAUAGGGAGGGAGGGAUGGAAGGAUAGGAAGGGUCACUCACUCACUAGCCCACACUCAGUCACCCGCCCACAAUCACUCACCAACCCACACUCACUCAACCGCCAACACACUCACCCACACUCACAAUCACUGUCACCCGCCCACACUCACAAUCACUCACUAACCCACACUGUCACCCGCUCACACUCACAAUCACUCAUUCACUAACCCACACUCAGUCACCUCACUCACUAACCCACACUCAGUCACCCGCCCACACUCACAAUCACUCACUAACCCACACUGUCACCCGCUCACACUCACAAUCACUCAUUCACUAACCCACACUUAGUCACCUGCGCAGCCUCAAAAUCACUCACUCACUAACCCACACUCAGUCACCCGCCCACACUCACAAUCACUCACUAACCCACACUGUCACCCGCUCACACUCACAAUCACUCAUUCACUAACCCACACUUAGUCACCUGCGCAGCCUCAAAAUCACUCACUCACUAACCCACACUCAGUCACCCGCCCACACUUACACUCACUCACUAACCCACACUCGGCCCCACUCACAAUCACUCAGUCACCCGGCCACACUCAGAAUCACUUACUAACCCACACUCACUCACCAACCCAAACUCACCCCAACUCACAAUCACUCAGUCACCCACCCACCCACACUCAAUCACGCACUCAGCAGCCCACACUCACAAUCACUCACUAACACACACUCAGUCACUAACCCACACUCACACUCAGUCACUAACCCACACUCAGUCUCUCACUCAGUCUCACUCGCACACUCAGUCUCUCUCACACACUCAGUCUCUCACACUAACUGUCUCUCACUCACUGUCUCUCACUCACACCCUCUCUCACACUCAAUCUAGAUUUUUAAAAUAAGUGUCCUUACAGUUUGAAGUCAGGAGAUCUCUGCAUUCUUCUUCCUUCAGCCUGUCAGCUCCAGCUGACUCCCACGCGCUGCUGCUGACAGCCUCUGGGAGACAGGGAGCUAUAGUUCUCACCUGAGCAACCUCAUUAAGCUGAAGUUGUUCAGGUGAGUAUAGUGUCCCUUAACUCUGCCCACAUCAAUCCCACCAUAAUGAAAAAUAAUAACCUGUGGCCAAGGAAUUUGGCCAAAACAGCUUUGUAAAUCUUUAAAAACAUCAUCCCUUAAUAGACCCCUUACACCAACCCAAUAAAUUAAAGCAGUCUCAUUAUCAAAACUCAAGUUCUCAUAUGACCGCUCCACAGCUCUUCUAUGUGCCCAGUGGAUGAAAGAAUGGCCUACUAUCCAUAUAAUCACAGAUCUCGUAUCUGAAACAGAAAGAAUCAAGUCAUUAAGCUCUAACAUAAAUAUCAAAUCUUCUUGAGAACCAUCGAUCCACUUUCUUAACCAACUCAUUCGAUAGACCAUGUGAUACAGCCUCUGUUGCAGCACCUAUGCGAAACAAAUUAGAUGUAAUCCAUUUGUCAUCAAUACCCAACCUUUUACAUGAUAACGGAACUUUUAGAAAUUGAAAUUUAGAAAGAGGGACCCCUGACUGGUGUAUUAAAAGACUACCAUGACCCUUUAGAUGAAUACUUAAAUAAACCCUGACUGCCUUAAUUGGGCAUAACAAAUGAUGUAUAGCUCGUAACUAAACCCAUUGACCUUUCCCUUGCUGGUCAGUUUUUUAUAUUCUUAAUAAAAAAUGUAAAAGCCCAUCUCGUGAAUAUAUGUCUUUAAAUUGGAUACCUGAAUGGCAAGACCUGUUAGCAGAAACUAAUUCGCUGAUUCUAAAGGCCCCCAAAAAUGCUAAAAUAAAAGCAGUGGUAAAAAUCUGGGUCUCAAAUGUAUCUCUACAAACGGAACUCAAAUUAUUUACCAAAUCACCCAAUAAUUGAAAAGAGAGAGGGGACCUGUCAUCUUGGACUGGUGCUUUCUCUAACCGAGCCCCUUUUAACAUUUGCUGAAUAAUGAAUUCUUUAACAACAGACUUUUUCCCGAUACUUUAAGAAGAAAAGAAAUACGUAAUAAGGCUCUUUUAAAUGAAAACUCGGAUACACCAGCCUGAAUUUUUGUAACAACAUAUUGAAUUGCAUCUUGUAUAGUGGGAUCAGUAGUGUCCCCAGUGGCGUACAUACCAGGGUCGCAGGGGUCGCGGCUGCGACCGGGCCCGGCCCUCCAGGGGCCCGGCCGCCCCUGCGACCCGGUAUGUAGCCACAGGGCCAGCCUCUUCCCCUGGGGGGCACAGGAGCUGACCACCCCAGGCCCCCCGAGGCUGUCGCGCACCGCACUGAUACCGGAGCCGGAAGAUGACGUCAUCUUCCGGCGCCGGCAUCCCUACGCGGCGCGCGAGGGAGCAGAAGAGGAAGCACUGAGUGCUCCUCGCGCGCCCGCCUUCCCGACCGGCCACCCGCCCAGGAGCCCAGCAGCACCACUGGACCCCAGGGAAUCCCCCCAGCACUCCAAAAGGUAAGGAGGCUGGGGGGAUUACAUUAAAAAAAAAAAAACAUGUGUUAGUGUUAGUGUUUGAGUGUGUGUGAGUGUUAGUGUGUGUGUGUGUGAGUGUUAGUGUGUGUGUCUGCUAGUUAGUGUGAGUGUUAGUGUGUGUGUCUGCUAGUGAGUGUUAGUGUGUGUGAGUGUUAGAGUGAGUGUUAGUGUGUGUGUCUGCUAGUGAGUGUGUUACUGUGUGUGUCUUACUGAGUGUGUGUUAGUGAGUCUGUUUGAUGUCUGUUAGUGAGUGUGUUUGUCAAUGAGAGUGUAUGUUUUGUAAGUGAGUGUGUAUGUAUGUCUGUCGCUGAGUGUGUCUCUGUCAGUAAAUGUGUGUGUCUGUUAGCUAGUGUGUAUGCGUCUGUAAGUGUGUGUGUGUGUGUCUUCAGUACUUACCUUUCUCCAGCGCCGGACUCCCUUGGCGCUGAGGAUCCCUCAGCCUCUCAGCUCCGAAUGCGACCGCGCACGCAUUCAAACCGCCCAUAGGAAAGCAUUACUCAAUGCUUUCCUAUGGACGUUCAGUGUGCUCCUCUGGCGGCUGUCAGUGAGACAGCCACUAGAGGCUGGAUUAACCCUCAGUGAAACAUAGCAGUUUCUCUGAAACUAUGUUUUCAGCUGCAGGGUUAAAACUAGAGGGACGUGACACCCAGACAACUUCAUUGAGCUGAUGUGAUCUGGGUGUCUGUAGUGGUCCUUUAAAGGACGACUAUAGUGCCAGGAAAACACUGGUUUUCCUGGCACUAUAGUGCCCUGAGGGUGCCCCCACCCUCAGGGACCCCCUCCCGCCUGGCUCUGGAAAGGGGAAAAGGGGUAAAACUUACCUUUUUCCAGCGCUGGGUGGAGAGCUCUCCUCCUCCGAUCCUCCUCCCUGUCGGCUGUAUGCGCACGCGCGGCAAGAGCUGCGCGCAUUCAGCCGGUCACAUAGGAAAGCAUUCAUAAUGCUUUCCUAUGGACGCUGGCGUGCUCUCACUGUGAAAAAUCACAGUGAGAAGCACGCAAGCGCCUCUAGCGGCUGUCAAUGAGACAGCCGCUAGAGGAAAUAGGGGAAGGCUUAACCCAUUCAGAAACAUAGCAGUUUCUCUGAAACUGCUAUGUUUAUGAAAAAAUAAGUUAACCCUAGCUGGACCUGGCACCCAGACCACUUCAUUAAGCUGAAGUGGUCUGGGUGCUUAGAGUGGUCCUUUAAGUGUGUGUGCAUCUGCAUGCACUGGCGUACAUACCGCGGUCGCAGGGGUCGCAGCCUGUAACCUCUGCGACCAGGUGCCCACCGUCAUGUGUUGCGGCCCGCAUUUUAUGACCAAUUUGUGCAGAAAUCCAUAUCAUUCCAAAGGGUUCACAUACUUUUUCUUGCAACUGUAGAUGAUGAAAAAGGCCACUAGCUUUAUCUGCAUGACGUUCACAGUAAACACAAGCAAAAUACAAAACGCCUGAAGCCAAUUAUUAAAGGGACGGGGUUCCGGUCAUUUCCUGUCCUCAUCUCUUUCUUGCCUUAACAAAAAUUUCUUAGUGGCUGGCAAUAUGGAAAGAAUAUCUAUAUAGUCAUCAUUCCAUAUUUUUUCUUUAAUUCAAUUAGUUAAAGGAAAACCAAGAGGUGAAGCUUCUCAUGUCAAAGCUUUCUUCAAACAAGACUCACUAACAGGCGUACUGCUCUUGUCAGAACGAUUAACCAAACUAACCGAUGCAUGUGAAUUUGACAUAUUCACUCUGUCAAAUUGUCUAUUCUCUCCGAAGACGCAGUAUACAAGGUUCCAGCUUGCUCACCGACUUCAAUGGUUGGUAUUUGCCCCAUUUCAGAAGAUUUCUUCUUCCUUUUUCCUGCAGCUUUAGAUUUCUUGCACUCGCUGGUGGAUGACGGAGAAUAAAUCACUCUUGAUUUACAAAUUCUCUUCUUCCUACCCUAAAGUAUACUACUGUCACUCAAACAUAAAGACAUCUGAUGCUCCUCCUUUAGCAGCUUCCUCCUCCUCAGGCUCUAUAAUAUCCAAUAAAGAAUCCUGAGGGCGUGAAUCCAUUUGAGAGGAAGGGGCAGUCAACAGAAACUGCAUGAGCCAUUCAGCACUGCUGAAUGCCCUCCUCUUAACUUCCUCAAUCAAAUGCUCCAUAGCUCCAUAUGCUCCAUAUGCUCCAUAGCUAUUCUCACACUAAGACUUGCUAUGAAAGAAAAACAGCUCUACAGUUAACUUUUUAUUUUUUCUUCUGGCGCCAAAUAUCAUCUCAGGGCGUCUAAUAUAUUGCGUUUUUCCCCGCUCCAAAGCGAUCCAAUCAGAGCACUGUCUACAAGGACCCCUGCAUGGAAAGUUCACGAGCGCAUUUCGAUAGCCGGAACUUAUGUUCUCACAACUAAUAACGAUGCGCGCCGCACCUUGAUCCCUGAAUAACCCCACAACACAUGUGUACCUAGUCAAUUGCACAUUCUAAAACACCUCAUAAUAGUACUCCGCUAUGAAUCAUCUUUAAUAUAUAUAUAUAUAUAUAUAUAUAUAUAUAUAUGAUAUGAUUAUGUCUAGAUUUGGGGCAUUUGUUAUCCAAUAUUUUCAUCACUUUUCCUGUAGAGGGCUAGAAAUAUAUAUAUAUAUAUAUAUAUAUAUAUAUAUAUAUAUAUAUAUAUAUAUAUAUAAAAACAGCCCAUAACAAGCCCCCCACAACAUCUUAUCAAAGGAGACUUAUAAAGUUAUUAUUUUUUUUGUGAAGCCAGGCAUUGUCUUAUUCUACAGAGGUCAAUUAAACUGAUUGGCCAUCCAAGAAGAUCCUUAUUGCCGUCAGGACACCCCAGGAAUAUUUGACAUUGUUGAAUUGUAGGAUGCUAGUCACAGAGGAUAAUCUUUUUCUUUAAAAUCUAGUAAAGAAGGAUAGAUCUUGUAGGAAUAUGAUAUUUUUAAAUUCAUGUUUUUUGAGAGGCUUUGAUCUGCUUGUUCGUAAAAUACACCCUUUGAAUUGAAAGUACUGGAAAUUGAUAAUUAUGUCCCUUGGCAAGUCAACUGGAGACAUUUUUUUAUCUAAAGACUCGGUGGUGGGGGGGCAGGGCCUGACAGGCAUGGAGGAGAGAUGUGUAUCGAAGGAGCUCCUCUCCUAUACUGACUAAUAAGCAGACUUUUGCCUAACCCAGCUUGAUUUGGGUUGAAUCAAGGGCUUCACUUACUUCUUGACCUAGAUGAGAAUCACUGCAGGGCCUGAAGAUUCAAUGUGAGCUCAUCUGUGGCACAUCUCUGAGCAUGUGGCCUAGGUUGCACCGGCGGGAGAAGCGGCCGAUCUCCAGGACUGGGGCUACACGAUGGCAAUGAAUGAAAAACAGAUGCCCCGUUUCUCCCCCUCCAUCCCUGUGAGGCUGCCCUGAUAGCACAGAACCAUGGGGUGAAGCCAUGUUGGCUCAUACACAACCUGACGACUUACCUAAGAUGGCGGCUGCCGCGAAGAUCUCCAGCAACACGGGAGAUAGGCAAGCAGCCUGUGGCUCCAGCAGCAUGCAGGUCCCCAACAUGGUGGCGAACCACGAAGAGCAUCGAUCCAGCGCAGGAAAGCAAACAAGAGGGACGCGCCGUGGUCCAUCACGGAGACUCCUCAACGACCUGCGGUGCCGGGAAUAACCCCGAUCUGGUCACGUUGAACAACCUGCGGGCACACACAGAGGCUAGGAGAACCAUCGUUCCUCUUAAAGCUGCAGGAUAUUGCGAUGCCCCUAUCCGGCAUAGGCUGAUACAGAGGAGCUGUUGCCCUUCUGUGACAAAGCUCUCAUACACCCUUGAAACUCCUGUGACACUAAUCUCCAGCAUCCUUUCCCUAAUCUCUGGUAUCACCCCUGUCACACUCUUUACCACAUGCAACCAGCCGGGGGCCUCCCUGGUAAAAUUUCCUGUUAAAAAUUAAUGCUGAUAUAUGCCUGUCUCUAUCUUUAACCUUAAGAAUAUCUGUGUCUUAGUAACACUGUAGCGGUUACCCCGGAGAGUAGAGGGGUUCCAGCCGCCAGAGGGUGUCCUUCUCCCGAUGGGUGAGGGGGGUAUUCUCAGCAUCCAGUAGUCUUCCAGGUAAGAGAUCUUUUAAAAGAGCUAGUGUGAUUAGCUGUAUAGCUGGUUACCCCCAAUAAGACACAAAACUCUAGAUUGAGGGUGCAGAAGAACUGACUCCAAUUAGUGUUUAUGCCUGCUUAGAUACAACUUUCCCAGCAAGGUUACCACUCACGUGGACCUUGUGGGGCACUGGAACUGUAAAUUUAACAACCAAUAAAAUAAAGGCACAUGGAUAAGCACACCCACUUUUUACAAUGAGAAUCAUCCCCUCUGCUUGGGAGAUAAUUGAGUUAAUUAAUGUAUCAACUCAAUUAUCUCCAAGCUAAAAAAAACAUACUUUUAUGCCAUUUUUGUAACUUUGUGAGUUUACAUGCGAUAUCAAUAAAACUUAUAUUUUUAUAACCAGCAUAAUUUGUAGACAAACAAAUCCAAAAUUCACUUGAAUCGGUUAAGUGGUUCAAGAGAUAGGUGGAAGUCAUAUUUUGACCGAGGAGGAACAAAGCAGCCAGUUCCAACUGGUUUGGCAGUGUCCCUGGGACAACACCCUGCUGGAGAACAAUGGGACAGAGGGAGGGGAAGAGACGCACCUUCCCAUGAAUUCAAAGGGGCAGAAAAAGUGUCUCAAAAGUUUCAAUAUGUCCAUACACUGUUUUUAACCCCUUAAGGACCAAACUUCUGGAAUAAAAGGGAAUUAUGACAUGCCACACAUGUCAUGUGUCAUUAAGGGGUUAAAGGGCCAGCCCUAGUCCAAAUAAAAGUCCAUAAGACCAACUAAUGUUUUUAAAGAUCCAUACAGGGGUUUUGUUACAAACACUAUCUGUCGACUAUCUAUAUAUGGUAAUUUGCUUAGGCACUUAAGACUCAUUAGACUUAACUGUAUUACUAAUCAUUAACCUUCAUACGUUCCUGAUAUUAAUCAAAAUGUCUAUCCUACCUUUUGUAGUUACCACCCUGGUUGAAAGUUAUGUUAUAGACAUUUAUGCCUAGCCUGAUCCCUUUUAAAAAUUGUGCUGUCAAUGAUUGCCAUGAUACUGUUUAUUCUGUGUUAUUCUAUUGUAUCUGCUGUCGUGGCAAUAUAAGCGUGUUUGUACCUCUAAGCACUACAAAAAUAAAGAAUUAAAAUAAAGACUCGGUGGUAUUUUUCUGUGUUUGCAUUGAACUUUGUUAAAUGCAAAGCAGUUUUUUCAGGAAGUCAGUGGUAAUGUGUGUUAAUUGGUGAAUCUUCUAAGCAGGACGACAAUGAAGAUUCCUCCAUUUUUUUUUUUCUUUUUGAGGCUUAUUAACUGGGGGAAAAAAUUGUGGUUCCUUUAAUAGCUUUAGAGGUAGCCAUACUUCAAACGCUGCUUGUUUUUAAGAUCAGACCUGGUUUCUUCUGAUGUAUGUGUCAUUAAGCUAGGAGUAUGACUCAUUCACACUGUAAUAAAAGUUUAACUCGCAAGUUGGAAUAAACUUGGAAUUAAUAAUAACAUUAAUAACUAAAAAUAAUAACUUUAAAUAAUAACUUAAAAACCGAGUGUAAAGUCAGAGUCCACACUCCUUGCUUUUGGCAAUUUAAUAAUAUUUAUUAAUAGAGGCUAAUUAAACAAAUAAACAAUACAUAUACAUUUGAAAUAGGCUAGUAUAUGUUGCUACUAAAACUAAUCAUUGACUGAAUGGAAAGUAGGCUAAAUUAACAUAGUAAAACAGGCAUAGACACGUGAUACAGUUACCACUCCAUUGAUCGUCAGCUGAGAGUAAGAGAGAGAGAGAGGGUGUGUAUAGUGGGGAGAGGGGAGAGAGAGAGACAGAGUGUGAGAAGGGUGAAUUCAAAGAGACAGAAAAUGUGCUAUUCACAGGGCUUUAAACAGGUUUGCCCCUCCUUCUGAUGGACACACCUCCCUUAGUCAAUCCCUUAGGAUGUGGGGGAAGGGAGAUUGCAUUGGAAGGGAAUGGAGGAGGAGUUUAUCAACAACCCAAUUGGUUUGCCUGGUGAAAGGCCAUGUGCUUCACAGAGGACUCCAUUAUUGCCUAAGGGUAGAAUGGGGGCUUGAAUCCCUGUAUUAGAACACAAUAACACUUCAUUGGCAUACAGUUUGGCUGUUAAUCCCUUAAGGACUGUUUUUGCGAUGUCGUACAUUUGCGACCAGGCCUCUUUUUACACUUUUCUGGUGUUUGUGUUUAGCUGUAAUUUUCCGCUCUCUCAUUUACUGUUCCCAUACAAAUUAUAUAUUGUUUUUUUCAGGACAAAAGGGGCUUUCUUUACAUACCAUUAUUUAUAUAAUCUCAUGUAUUUUAAUUUAAAAAAAAAAAAAAUAUGAUGAAAAAUUGAAAAAAAUACAUGUUUUUGGACUUUUAAUUGAAAAAUCUUUUACUCAUCUACAAAAGUGAAUGAAAAAAACUGCUAAAUAGAUUCAAAAUUUUGUCCUGAGUAGUCAUUACCCAGUGUUUAUGUGCUUUUUUUUGCAAGUUAUAGGGCUAUAGGUACAAGUAGGAUAUGGCGGUUUCAAAACAAACAUUUUUAAAAUGUAUCAAUAGUGACAUUGUAACAAUAUUAUCUGUCAUAAAUCUCUGGAAAACACUCCACAUGUAUAUAUUUUUUUAAAGUAGACAACCCAGGGUAUUCAUCUAAGGAUAUUUUGACACUUUCUAUGCAGCCAUUUUACCACUAGUCUUUGCCAAACUUUGCAUAGGUAGUUUUUUUUUUUUGUUUUUGUUUUUUCACAUACAUUGCAAUUCAGGUAUAAACUUACAGAUCCUGUUAUGUCUUGCUGCCAAAAAACACACUAAUAUAUGUUCAGCAACAUCUCCCGAGUACAGUGAUACCACCCAUGCAUAGGCUUGUUGAGUUGUUUGGCAGCUAAAAGGCCACAUUUGGCAGGUGCGCAUAUCCAUUUUCUAACUUGGAAUUUUGACAUGUAGUCAACCUGCACACAUGUCCUAUUUGGGACAUUUGUAAGGCCGGCCAAUGUAUUUUACCCCCACCAAACCAUAUAUUUCUGGAAAGUAGACACCCUAGGGUAUUUCAAAUGGUGGUUUUUUUAACACUUUCCAUGCACUUAUUCUACCACCAGACUUUGUCAAACAUUUAGGUAGUCAUUUUUUGUGUGUUUUUUUUUUCACACACAUUGUACUUUAGGCAUGAAUUAACAAAUCGUGUUAUGUGUCACUGCCAAACAACACGCCAAUAUGUAUUCAGCAACAUCUCCUGAGUACAGUGAUACCACCCAUGCAUAGGCUUGUCGGAUUGUUUGGGGGCUAAAAGGCCACAUUUGGCAGGUGCGCAUAUCCAUUUUUCAACUUGGAAUUUUGACAUGUAGUCAACCUGCGCACAUGUCCUAUUUGGGACAUUUGUAAGGCCGGCCAAUGUAUUUUACCCCCACCAAACCAUAUAUUUUUGGAAAGUAGACACCCUAGGGUAUUUCAAAUGGUGGUUUUUUUUAACACUUUCCAUGCACUAAUUCUACCACCAGACUUUGUCAAACAUUUAGGUAGUCAUUUUUUGUGUGGUUUUUUUCACACACAUUGUACUUUAGGCAUGAAUUAACAAAUCGUGUUAUGUGUCACUGCCAAACAACACGCCAAUAUGUGUUCAGCAACAUCUCCUGAGUACAGUGAUACCACCCAUGCAUAGGCUUGUCGGAUUGUUUGGGGGCUAAAAGGCCACAUUUGGCAGGUGCGCAUAUCCAUUUUUCAACUUGGAAUUUUGACAUGUAGUCAACCUGCGCACAUGUCCUAUUUGGGACAUUUGUAAGGCCGGUCAAUGUAUUUUACCCCCACCAAACCAUAUAUUUUUGGAAAGUAGACACCCUAGGGUAUUUCAAAUGGUGUUUUUUAACACUUUCCAUGCACUAAUUCUACCACCAGACUUUGUCAAACAUAUAGGUAGUCAUUUUUUGUGUGUGUUUUUUCACACACAUUGUACUUUAGGCAUGAAUUAACAGAUCGUGUUAUGUGUCACUGCCAAACAACACCCCAAUAUGUGUUCAGCAACAUCUCCUGAGUACAGUGAUACCACCCAUGCAUAGGCUUGUCGGAUUGUUUGGGGGCUAAAAGGCCACAUUUGGCACGUGCACAUAUCCAUUUUUCAACUUGGAAUUUUGACAUGUGGUAAACCAGCGCCCCUGUCCUAUUUGGGCCAAUGUAUUUUACCCCCAUCAAACCAUAUAUUUUUGAAAAGUAGACAACUCAGGGUAUUUUAAAUGGUGGUAGUUUAAUACUUUUCAUGCAAUAAUUCUACCACCAGCCUUUGGGAAACAUUUGGGUAGUAAUUUUCUUCGUGUGUUUUUACACAUACAUUGUACUUUAGGCAUGAAUUAACAGAUCCUGUUAUGUAUCACUGCCAAACAACACCCCAAUAUGUGUUCAGCAACAUCUCCUGAGUACAGUGAUAUCACCCAUGCAUAGGUUUGCUGGGUUGUUUGGGGGCUAAAAGGCCACAAUCGAGACUUGUACAUAUCAGUUUUUCAACUUGAUAUAUAGGUAUGCUUGGCCUAUCCUCAGUUUGGCAUAUUUUUGCAUCCCCCCGUUAAUGUUAACAUCAUGAAAGUUUAUAUUUUUGUAAAGUAGACAUUCCAGGGUAUUGUAUAUGAGGUGUUUUCACAUCCUUCCCCCAACCAUUGUGCUAAACAAAUUUCAGAGAACGUGCAUGGUGGUAAUUUUUGAAUUCUGCUUUUUAUGCACACGUCAUCUGGUUUUGGCCAGCCAGUUAUAUGUUACUACCAUAAAACUUUUUUAACCAAAUAUGCAGGUAUCAAAUGCACCUUUAGCAGCAUUCUCUAAACUAACUCCUGCAAAAAGAAUCUAAUUGGAGAUUUGGGGGGAAGGAAACUGACUAACUAAAAUUUGCUGCUUUCAAAAGAAAAAAAACAGUGCAAAGGGGUGUCUGUCCUUUUCCCUUUUUUAUAACAGACCCGGCAACGUUUCUGGGGGUUUCUUUUUUUUGGUGUUGGCGGUAUCUUAAAAAUAAAAUGUCUAGACUCCUCUUGCACCGUUGUUGGAACUUGACCAUCUCCAUAAAUUAUUGUGGAAAUCAGCUUGAGCUGAAAUUGGAGAUAGGUGGUUCUUCCUGGAUUCGUUUUUAAAAAAAGUAAAAAUUAAUUAUGUGUUGCUGCUUGCAACUGGUAGAUAGCCACCUUUUUAGACCAGGCUUUUGUAUUUCUUAAGAUAAGAUAUGGCUGCAUCAGCUGAUCAGCCAAAUCAACACCCCCCAUGUGCCUGUUAUAAGCCCUGACGCACACCGGUUUUGUCUGUACCCUGCCUCAGACAGUGACAUCUGACAUGCCUUCGUUAUGGAUGGUUGUUAGCAUGUGAACAUCCUUCCUGUCCUUAAAUUUUAGCGCAAGCAGUUCAGCUUUGCAUUCACCCUUUUUUUAUUUGGCCUCUAUGAGAGGUCUGGGGAAAUCCUUGGCAUUUCUUCUUACAGUGCCGCAGGCCAGUGUCUGCAAACUAUAAAGAAUUUUAAACAAGUGGACACUGCUGUAAAAAAUGUCCACAUAAAGGUGGUAACCCUUAUUGAACAAGGGGAUCAGUAGGUCCCAAACAAGUUUCCCACUUGUCCCCAGAGAGUCAGGACAGCCAGGAGGGUUCAGUUGAGCAUCUUUCCCCUCGUAUACACGAAAGGCAAAUGUGUAGCCACUUUCGCUCUCGCACAGUUUGUACACUUUAAUGCCAUACCUAGACCGCUUUGAGGGGAUAUACUAUUUGAACCCUAAUCUCCCUUUGUAAUUCAUAAGGGAUUCAUCAAUAGAUAAAUUUUGUUGGGGAGUAUAAACUUCAGAAAAUCUGUUCUGAAGAUGGUCUACCAGUGGGUGUAUUUUAUAAAGCCUAUCAUAUUGGGGGUGAUCUCUGGGGUGACAGAGCGUAUUGUCGUUGAAAUGUAAGUAUCUCAGCAGCAGCUCAUAUCUUGGUCUAGGCAUUGUUUGGGAGAAUAUAGGAGUCAAACAGAUUGGGUUGGUGCUCCAGUAAGACCGGAUUGAUGGCUUCUUUAUUAUCCACAUGAGCAUGGUAAGAGCCCAGAAUGUUUUAAGUUCAGGGACAUCUGUGGGAUGCCAAGCAUGCUCCCUGACUGUAUAGCUACCUUCAUUGGUCUCAAUAAAUUGACUAGCGUAUAAAUUAGUCUGGGAAGCAAUCUCCUCCCAAAUGGUAUCCCCUAAAAAUAACUCCAUAUAUUGUAUAGGGGAGAAGUCAACCACAUUCACAUUAAUGCCUGCGUUGGCACUAAAAGGGGGGAUGUUGGGCUCAGCUAACUGUGGAGGUACCCAGUCCUCCUCCACAUUCAGCGUAGCAGGGAAGCACAGCUUCUUUUAGCAGCUGGCUCACACACAGAUGACAUGUCACUAGACGUGCCGCUAAACUGACCUGGGUCAAAAUCGGACGCAGUGUCAGUGGCGUCAGAGUCUGACGCCAAGAAGGCAUAUGCCUCCUCCAAGCUGUACAUGCGCUGCAUGUUUAACACUAACAGACUAAACUAACAAAAUACUAAACAUAAUAUUUUUUUUUUUUUUUUAACACUAAAACAGACUAAAACAGUAAUCCCUAAACUAACUCCUGUUAGAAGAAUCUAAUGGAGAUUUGGGGGAAGGAAACUGACUGACUAUGACAGACUACGACAGACUAAGACAGUCUAAGACACAGAUUUUUUAAAAUAAAGUUAACCCUUAAGGGCAAAAAAAAAAUACAGACAGUACAAAUGCACUGUCUUAACAGAUCUGGCAGGGAAGGGGUUAAAAGGGAAUUUUUAUUCACUGGUGAUACUUUUUAAUUCUCUCUGGAACAGCUGCUGCAACAAACUAUCACAAUCUCUGUCUCUCUCAUCUCACAAAACACUACAGAGGGGAGAGAGGCAGAGAUCAGUGUCAAAGUGAGUGUUUGUAACACCCACUUUGACACCAGCCAAUUGUGAGCGAUCGCGGAUCGCUCACAUGCCGCAAUUGGCUGUUACUAUCUGCCUGGGAUGCCGUGCAGAUAGUAACAACGGGAUUUCGGUGGAAGUGAUCUCCGAUCGCUCCCGCCGCCCGUUUUCCGUAAGGACGGUUCAGGACCGUCCUCUGUCGGCAACGCAAAAAUGCAGAGGACGGUCCUGAACCGUCCUGCGUCCUGAAGGGGUUAAUUACAUCCCCCCACUUGUUACACACACACAAAAAAAAUAAAAAUAAACACAGUUAAUUUCCGUUGCUGUUUAAAUUAUACAAUAGUAGUUUCUGAAAUAGCACACUACUUAUACUGUUCUUUAAAGUUCCUUCUUGCUUAUAUAGAACGUACAAAUAACUUCUAGUUUAAACCAUGUAGCGUUAGAAAUUCAGAAUCACUCUGUUGUUUUAACAGUAAAGUAUGUCAGAUCGGUCCAGUACACACCAUAGAGAGCUGAAUUUAUGGAACAACAUAGAGAUGGCAGCUAAAAUCAGUUAUUUAAAGGGACACUGUAGUCACUAUAACCACUUUGUCUCUUUGAAUUGGUUAUAGUGCCUGGAGUGGCCUGGCACUGUCCCUCCAUUCAGUGUUGCACCAUGUUUGUGCAGUAUGCCACAAAAUAAGAGUCCCUGGCCACCCACAGUCCGGCCCCUUCUGUAUGUGUAGCUAAGGCAGAGAUUACACACUUCCUUGUUGUCAUACCCAUUCAUACCGUCAGUUGGAGCUCUGACAGAUUAAAAGCAGUCAGCUGACACUCUCAGCCAAUCACAGCUGCCCAUUGCUGCUCAGGGUAAUACUUCCUUAUUAGCCAAAGCAGCACAGAGGGGAUGGACUUCCGGGGUCUCUUGUUUAGCAUUAAAACAUUACAACAUUAAAAACUGUUUAAUGCUGAAAGAAAUGAUGGUACCAGGGGACUCCAGACUCUAUAACCAGUUUAAUGAGAUGAAGCAGAUACAGUGCCUACGGUGUCCCUUUAAUUGGUUUCCCAACUGCUGAUUUAUACCAUAAGCGAAAUUCUGAUACAUUAUACAGCUUUAACAAUAAAAUACAUCACAUAAGCUCGAUUCUAAACAUGAAGGGCAGACGUUUUAGGAUGUUCUAUGAAGUAGCAGCUAAUAUCACUGAAUGUAAUUGCUUACCCUCUCACAGUGUCCUCACACAAUAUUCAAAGCUUAAUUUUGGAGUAAAUAUCCCCACAGACAAAGUGUAUCUCUGUGCAGCAAUAAUGGGAAAUGUCCCAAUACAGCAUAUCCCUUUUCCUUACCCCUUAUCUCUUCAAUAUCACUAUAUCACUUUAUUAUAUUCUGUUUUUCCUGUUGACCCGGUUUCAUAUUUUGACUAUUCUGACUAUCUGUCUCCUUUUGACCUUGGCCUGUUUUCUCAUUCUUGUGUACCUCUGUAUUCCUUGAGCUAUACCUUUUUUACUACGAUUUCACACCUUUUUAGGCAUACGUUAAGUCCGGCCACUCUAAGGUGUGGUAUAGAAUCCUGUUCUUCCUUCUAUUUUGGCAAAACAUCCUUCUCCCUGUAUGUAGGGGUUACCCCAAUCCUGACAUUCAGGGUGGCCGGUCGGGCAGGCCGGCGCGCGAGGGAGCACUCAGUGCUUCCUCUUCAGCUCCCUCGCGCGCCGCCCUGAUACCGGAGCCGGAAGAUGACGUCAUCUUCCGGCUCCGGCAUCCCUACGCGGCGCGCAAGGGAGCUGAAGAGGAAGCACUGAGUGCUCCCUCGCGCGCCGGCCAGACAGCCCGCCAGCCAGCCCAGCAGCACCACUGGACCCCAGGGAAUCCCCCCAGCACUCCAAAAGGUAAGGAGGCUGGGGGGAUUAAAUUUAAAAAAGAAAUGUUAGUGUGUGUGUGUGUGUGUGAGUGUUAGUGUGUGAGUGUUAGUGUGUGAGUGUUAGUGUGUGAGUGUUUGAGUGUUAGUGUUUGAGUGUUAGUGAGUGAGUGUGUGUCUGCUAGUGAGUGCUAGUGUGAGUGUUAGUGUGUGUGUGUUAGUGUUAGAGUAAGUGUUAGAGUGAGUGUUAGUGUGAGUGCUAGUGUGAGUGUUUGAGUGAGUGUGUGUGUGUCUGCUAGUGAGUGUGUGUGAGUGUUAGUGUGUGUCUGCUAGUGAGUGUCAGUGAGUGUGUUACUGUGUGUGUCUUACUGAGUGUGUGUGUGUGUGUGUUAGUGAGUCUGUUUGAUGUCUGUUAGUGAGUUUGUCAAUGAGAGUGUAUGUUUUGUAAGUGAGUGUGUAUGUCUGUCGCUGAGUGUGUCUGUUAGCUAGUGUGUAUGCGUCUGUAAGUGAGAGUGUGUGUCUUCAGCACUUACCUUUCUCCAGCGCCGGACUCCCUUGGCGCUGGGGAUCCCUCAGCUCCGAAUGCGACCACGCACGCAUUCAAACCGCCCAUAGGAAAGCAUUACUCAAUGCUUUCCUAUGGACAUUCAGUGUGCUCCUCUAGCGGCUGUCAGUGAGACAGCCACUAGAGGCUGGAUUAACCCUCAGUGAAACAUAGCAGUUUCUCUGAAACUGCUAUGUUUUCAGCUGCAGGGUUAAAACUAGAGGGACCUGACACCCAGACAACUUCAUUGAGCUGAUGUGAUCUGGGUGUCUGUAGUGGUCCUUUAAGUGUGUGUGCAUCUGCAUGCACUGGCGUACAUACAGGGGUCGCAGCCCUGUAACCCCUGCGACCAGGUGCCCACCGCCAUGUGUUGCGGCCCGGCCCGCAUGCUGGGGGGGGGUCCACGGAUCAAUUUUCGCACCGGGGCCCCAUGGGUCAUGUGUACGCCACUGCUGACAUUACAACAGGGCCAUGGACCCUACAGGGUUAGGACAACAGCUAACCAAUAAUGAAGCACGUGGAACAAAUGGAUCAUAGAAUGGACCAAUUUGCACAAGUGUUGCAACCCAUACUGACUAGAACAGCAUUUCUCCAGCAGGAUCCACAAACCGGUUCCGCAAGUAACCAAACUCCUCCAGAAUCUGCUCAUGCAGCAGGACCUGGCCCUUCUAUAUAUCUCACACCUCCACCUAGAUAUGGGGGUGAUCCAGCACAUUGCAGAAAUUCUUAAUCAGGUAGGGGCUAAUUUCAAAUUGUUGCCCAGAAUGUUUUCUUCAGACAGGGCUAAUAUUGCAUCAUGAACCUUCUGACCGAUAAGGCACUUGCUUGGAUUAACCCUUUCUAGAAAAAAUGAUGAUCCCUUGGUAUUUAACUAUUCCGAAUAUAUCACGUCUUUUAGGAGGGUAAUUGAUCCACCAGGGAGAAAAAUAAGGUCAGGGAUAGCUCUCAUGACAAUUAAGCAGGGUAAUAGGUCAGUCACUGAUUAUGCUUUAUUAUUAUCUAGAAUUAUUGAAUUCUGUAUGUUAUCUUUGGAGGUAUCGUGGAAUAACAACUCCCUCGUUACUGCCUUUACAGAGGGUCUGUUUGACACCUUGCUGGAUGAGUUAGCAGCUAGGGAUCUACCUGGUCAGUUAGAGGAGUUGAUUUCUUACACACCGCAUAUAGACAGGAGAAGCAGGGAGAGGAGACAAACUAGGAACACUACCAGACGAGCACCUACAUUAAUUAACCCUGUGGUACAUGCACCAGAACUAUGUAAUUAGGUUCAGCUAGGUUAUCGGAGGAGUAAAAAUCAUAUUGACGUAGAGAGUGGUUAUGUCUUUACUGUGGAAAAAAAAAGACAGCUUAGAAAAGUUUGCCCUCCUAGGCCGCAAAACUUGCACACCUAAGUCCUAGUAGGAGACUGGCCUUGGGUUUGAACACUUUGUCCCCUAUAACACCUCAUACUUGCUUCCUUCUACCUAUAACCUUAAAAAUUGGGUUCUUACACUCCUCAGACGCAGGCAUUACUAGACUCUAGUGCUGCCGAGAGUUUAAUUGAUUUAGCUUUCGCCACCAAACUAAACUUACCCCUUAAAGAAAGAGACACACCCUUGGCCGUUGCGGCCAUAGAAGGUAGGUAGCCCAAUUCUAGAGCUUACAAUCACUUAUGAGACAAAGAUCUCAUCUCUGACAGUUGGACUCUUACACCACUAGAUAAUAGUGUUACAGGUCAUUACUUGACCUUCUGCCUUUAUAGUGUUAAGAUUUCCAUGGUUGUACACACAUAACCCUACUCUUGGCAGAGAAGGGAUAUCAUUUCUUGGGGCUCUGCAUGCAGGAACUCUUGCCUUCAGUUCAACCUUUAUCUACCAGUGUACCAGAUCAAUAUGCAGACCUUAAAGAGUUAUUUAACAAGAAGGAGGCUGAGAAGCUGUCUCUUACAGGUCAUAUGAUUGUACCAUUAAGCUCCUUCCAGGUUACAUGCCACUUAGAUCUAUCCUCUAUCUCCUCAAGAAAACGAGGUAAUGGAGGAAUAAACCCAAUUCUCUCUGGCCAAAGGUUUUAUAUGAAACUCAUCCUCUCCUGCUGGAGCAGGUUUCUUUUUUGUACCUAAAAAAGAGGGGGACCUUAGACCUUGUAUCAACUAGCAAGGGUUAAAUCGUAUAACAGUUAAAAAUGCAUAUCCGAUUCCUCUGGUUACUGAGUUGUUUGACAAAGUACAGGGUUCUACUGUAUUCACCAAAUUGGAUCUCAGGGGGGUUUAUAAUCUGGUCAGAAUCCGCCAUGUUGAGGAAUGGAAGAUGGCCUUUAACGUCUGAAGCGGGCAUUAUGAAUAUACCGUCAUGCCUUUUGGCUUAUGUAAUGCUCCGGACGUCUUCCAGGAUCUCAUAAACUAUGUUCUUAGAGACUACUUAAAUAGAUAUGUUCUUGUAUAUUUGGAUGAUAUUGAUACAUUCACCAGAUAUCAAGACACAUCACAUGUAUGUCCAUAAAGUACUGUCAAGACUUUGGAAAAUGGUCUAUAUUGUGAGCUUGAAAAGUGUAUCUUUGAUCAAGAGAGUAUGCAAUUCCUUGGUUACACUGUUAAUUACAGAGAAUUGCAAAUGGAUGUGUCUCAUUUCCCAAAAAAUGUUUGGAUCUACUCGAGUGGCCAACUCCUUGUGGCUUUAAAGCUAUUCAGAGAUUUAUAGGCUCUGCCAAUUCCUAUAGAAGGUUCAUCCACAACAUUUCCUCCAUCAUUGCUUCUAUCACUGCCUUGACAAAAAAAGAGUCCCUAAAGUUUGGACUCAAGACACACUAAAUUUAUUCAAAACACCCAAACAUUCCUUUUUUGUCUUUAUUUUUGGUAGUGCAUGUUUAAUAGAUAAGCUUUCGUAGACAUUAUUACAUGAGCAUACAUAAUGUGUUUGAAGUCAGUAAUCAUAUAACAUCUGAGGAACUGCACUUUUUUAUAACAUCAUCCUGGUCUACAAUGAUUUAGAGACAUAGGAAAGCAUGACAUGUUUACAUUACUUAAUGCAAUGAAAUCAAAUAUGCAUCAGGAAAAUAACACAGGAGUAUAAAAUCCCAGUGGUAUGCCCUGACUAAUUCUGCUUGUUAAUUCCUUGCUUUCUAUAUUGGGGGCAGAUGCGUAACUAAAAAUUCUGGUGUGAAAAUUGCCCUGGGGCCCCCUCUAUGUAUCUCAUUUCCCUAUCAAAAGAAAAAUCAAAAGGUACCCAGACAUAACUGGACUGACCAUGCAGGUGGGGACUCUGAAGUUGGCCUAUUUUGCAGAGAGCGUCCUUUUGCUGCUCACGCAGCCACAUGCAUUGUUAGAAUCCCUUCUGAUUCAUUUGUCCAAGUAUGGCAAAGUAAAGUUUUAUAAAGAUAACAUUGCAAAUACACAGAUAUUACCAAUAAACUUAAACAGAGCUACUAUAGAUUUUUUGCAACACAAGUAUCCCUUCGAGUGGAGAAAGGAGUUAAUAACAUACUUGGGUAUGCAGAUAGCCGCCUCUAAACAGAUUUUAUUAAUUUUUUUAAUAAGAUAACCAUUGUAAGCUGAUACAAACAAUAUGAUCCAAACUGGAAAAAUGGGAGGGGACCUUUACCUCUUGGGUUGGAAGGAUCAACUCCUUGGUGAAAAUGUAUAUAUUGCCACUGAUAUUAUAUACUUUUUUUUAGAACACUUCCAAUAGGGAUUCCAAAAACAAUACUGGUAAAUUUUCAAAAUAAUUUAAUGCUCAUAUUUGGAGACCUACGAGCGUGAGGACGUCCAGUGUCAGUUAGGCAACUUUUGUUACACUGUACUUUUCGAAAUAAACCUUUCUAUGAAAACUGAAGUUUUUGGUUUCUUGCAGCCCACAUGAACUUAGACCUUGAUUAUGUGGUUCGUGUUAGCCUUUUAAGUUUGACAUGCUUGUACUACAGGCUUGCAGGGCUCAGUUCCAGAUUUGAGACAGAGUCUGGUGGAUGAGUGUUUGAACACAAUUCACUUGAAUAAGCUGGGGGGCCUUGAAGGGAUGCGCCAGCGCCCAGCGGUACGCUUGCCCUUGUAAGUUGCAGUGCAACAUAUAACAAUACCACCAAAAUACUCUGAUGUGUAGAAACUGAACAGUGAUGUAUAUGGAGAACCUUGUUGGCUCUUCUUUUAUUUCUCACUUCGUUUUCUUUUGUUCAUUUUUUGUUUCUUUCUUCCUUCAGUAUGUUAAAUUGUACAUGUACAUGUGUUGAUGCAAAAUGCCUGGUAACAGAUGUAGCUGUAGGGGCUGUCGAGUGACACUAUCGUAUUAUACUAGAAUGAUUGAAUGAUGUAAUGCGGAUAUGAUGGCUGUACUGUUUUGUAUUAAAAAAAAGUAAUUAUGCAAACAGGUUGACUGCUUACAUUAGGGGUAAUCAGGGAAUGCCUGGAACCAUAACCACCACAAAACACUUUAAAGGUUAUGGUGCGUAGAGUGUUCCUUUAAUAAUGGUAUUUUUCUGGAUUUUUUAGAUUUCAAAACCAAAUGAAUUCGACAUCAUGCUGAAGAUACCAGUACAACGAGUAAUUUUGAUACACUUUGAUAAAAGUGGUGCUUUUUAUGAAUUUCAAUUUAAAAGACUACCAAAAAAUAAUCCAUGGAACAGGUAUUCAGAUGAGAUGUCAAGGUUUCCCAACAAAAUAAUGGCUGAAUUACGAGAUGUUAUUAAAAAUAUUAUAAAGUCAGGUAAGAUAUUAAUUUUCUUUUUUAAUAAAACUGAUCUCUACUUUAAAUAUCCUUCUGUACUUAUCAUAAAUCUUCAUAUUGCGUUUGACUGGAGAUGAUCACAUUAGCAUUUCCCAUCCACCAUAGUGUAAGCAUAAUUACUAUUAUUUCAGCAAAUACAUAUCAUAAGACACUUUAUGAAUUUUCACCAAGCAACCAUCAAAUCACUUAAAAUUCCAUUGGAUAGGUCAGUCUUUCAGAUUUUUCUUUCAAGUUUGAUAAAGACCUAACUAAAUGUCAAACGUUGCUGUUUAUGUUCUGGUUCUCUAACUAAAUCUGCAACGUAUUGUAACAAACCACCUCUUUUACAGGUAGGAUUGUCACAGAUCUUGCAGUAACCACAGCCUUCUAGGGUAUACAAAGUCCAGGACACAUUCAGCUCAGUUUUCCGUUUUAUUUGAUAAGAAAGCAGGUGCUUUAAAUAAUAAUAAACAAACAAGAUUCCUUGCUCUUACUUGAGCUCUUACUAGACAGAAAUCACUAUCUGUAAUUGGGUGGCUUUCCCACUUACCAAUUUUCCCCCCCAAAAAAUGAAUUUGCAAUAAACACAAUUGUUGUUCUCUCUCCUAGCUGGCUUUUUCUCCCUCACUCUGCAGCAGGCUGAUCUCUUCUUUUAAAGGCCUGUCUGCUAAUUGACUAACUACAAGUGAGUGCCAAUUAGUAAACUCUUAAGUCAGAUCCAAAUUCUGGUCUGUUACACAGCAACUAGUGCUGUUGGAGCAUUGGCUCACCCUGCUCUCCAAAUACUCUCUCCAGGGACCCAUACCAUGUUUUGCAGAGCAUCAGCAAUGUAUAUUGCAAACUUUAACAUCUCUCCCUGGGGCAUUUAACUGAAAAUUCUCUGGUUGCUGUUUAGCAAAUCAGGCCUGAUGUAUAUUCCAUCAACCACUAUUCCACUUUUCAGUGUGUACCUUGAGUGCCUGAAUCACAUUUCUUUUUAGACCUGGGGCGUACCUAGAGCAUUUGGCAAAUGGGCAGAUCUUGUAUUUGGCACCUCACCCCCAACCUUAAAAUGUAAAACACACCCGCAAUCCUUUUUAAUGUUUUCAAGCAUACAUAUUGCACAAAUGUGUAAGCUGCAUGUUCGAAAUAGUCCCCUCAAGGCCCCUGUAUAAACUACAAUAGAUUCUAAUGGGCACUGGAAAUAUGUCUUGUAACAGCACCCCAGCAUAAAAGGGGUUAAAAUGCAUUUAGGAGAUAUUCCCUUCAAGAUAUACAGGCAGCUACUGAAGACACCAAUUCACCGAACCGGAGAAGCAUAUGAAUGCCGUAGAAAGCUGAACCGGAACCAUACGAAUGCUGUAAACAGCCGAAUAGGAAAAACCAUAUGAAUAGGUUUACACUCCUAGCAGUCAAACUGGAACAGCAUACAAUAAUCCCCCCAAGAACGAGACAAGGCUCCGUUUUGAGGGUCAAGCAGGAACAGACAGAGCUGUAGGUUUAUUGUUCUUAUAUACACAUUCUUACACAGUACCACCCACAGGGUUUUGGAAAACAACCAAUAAACAUGUACAAUACACUCAGACACUCCCACACAAAAUCCUCCUCUCUGCCUGUGAUACAAUUACCUUACACAAUGGGUAAUGUAAUUAUCACAGGCAGAGAAAUAGUUUUUCCACAUUAUUCAUAACUUUAAAAGUAUGCAUCACAUCACAUAAAACUUAAAUUUUCAGAAUCAGCAUACUCCAAAUACAAACAUAUGCCAAAAUCAUCCAAAUUGGUCCAUUGGUUCAAAAGAUAGAUCGAAGUCCUUUGUGACCAAAUGAAGCAUGGCUUUUCUGCCCAAAACCAGUUCCACAGAGCCUUCUAUCCUGGAGAUAAUUGAGAAGUAAUCCAAUUAUCUCCAAGGACAGAGGCAAAACUCCAUUAGCCACAUGGUAGCAAAAGACAGCAAAAUACAAUAAAAUACACAAGGUUACAUUUAAUACAUAAAAGACAGACAUGCAACAUAUCCCCAGAUAGCUUAGGUCUGAGCGCACACUAUUACUGAAUGGCGCUCAGACCACACACAUAGAGUUCAAUUUCCAUGGAGUCAAAGUCUUUUAUUACACGAAUAGGCUCCAUGGCAUAGCUAUCUGGGUUAAAUUAGUUCAUUCAGUAAAUCCGAGAAUCUACUGAACGCCAGGGCAGAAAUAUAGAAAUGGACCUUUCUGCAUAGGAAAAUAAAGUAUUUAAAUGCCGGUCCAUAGUCAAAAGGCAGCAGGCAGGCAACCAGGCUCCUCCAAUGCACGGUGGCAAGAUUGGUCUCGUCACAUGUCUCUCUAAGACUCUGGUCCCUAUUCGCAAUAUAGUAAUAUAACAUAGCUCUCUGAUACCCAGCCCAAGUUGUCUGUUCUCACCUUAAUUACUGUUGCUGACUGCUAUAACUGGUUGGCAGACCUUCUUCUUUUCCCAGCCACUUUGUGCAUCUGUUUCUCCCCCUUUGUGUGUCUCUUUUCCCCCUUCCCCUCCCUGUGUCUCCCCCAAGCCUUUCUAUGUGCCUCUUUGAUCCCCCAGCCCCAUUGUCUCUUUCUUCUCUCAGACCCGUUGUGCAAAUGUUUUCCCCCUUGCCCCUUUGGGUGUCUCUUUGUCCCCACAGCCCAUCUGUGAGUCUCCUUGCCCCCCCUUAACCUCUCUGUGUACGUCUUUGUAUCUCCCAGCCAUUUGUGGGUUUCAUUGAGCCUCCAACCCCUCUGUGUGAAUUUGUCCACUGAGCCCUUCUGUGUGUCUGUUUGUCAACAUCCCCGCUUGUGUCCUUCUUUUGCCCCCCUCCUGUGUCCUUUCUUUGUCCCCCCCUCCUGUGACCUUCUUUUGUCUCCGAAGCCUCUAUUUGCAUCUCUUUUGUGCCUCUCAGUGUGUCUCUUUGUGCCUCCCAGCCUCUCUGUUUGUCUCUUUGUUCCCCCAAGCCACACUGUUUGACUCCUCUGCUCCUCAGCCCCUCUGUGUCUCUCUUUGGGCCCCCCAGCCCUUCUAUGUGUCUCCUAGCCCCUCUAUGUCUCAUUGAUUCCCCCAGCCACUCUGUUUGUCUCUUUGUCCCCUCUCAGCCCCUUUGUGUGUCUUUAUGCCCCACACCCCCUGUGUGUCUUUGUUCCCUUCCCCUCCUGUGUCCUGUCUUUGUCCCCCCCACCCCUCCAGUGCCCUUAUUUUAUCCCUCGUUCCUUCGUGUGCCCUUCUUAUAAUCCCUCCCCCAUAAUAGGUAUGACAGGAAACAGUUUUUUGCUCUCAGUGAGCACUUCCUGUCAGACCGGGUAGGGGAUACAGAAGCUCCUCUGCGGCAGUCCUCCGCAGAGGCCAUGCUACAUUCAGUGACCUGGGCAGUGCUGUCCCCUCCUGCCGGUCAACCAGAGAUCGCACCCCCCCAGCCACACUGGGUGCCUGAAUGGUACCUCCCUAUGAGUGGUAACUGGGGCAGACUGCACCCCUUUUAGUACACCACUGUUUUAGGCAUUUGCAGUCUUUUUCUCAACAUAGAGACUUGAGAUUGUGUUCCUAUAUUUUCUCUUAUUACGCUGACUUUUCAGUUCUUAUCAACCCUAGUUGAGAGAAAUGAAGAAAAAAAAGUUAAAAUAACAUGUCUAAUUAAUAUUGUGUUUUAAGUGCAAACAUAUUCCACAGUACUGUACAAUAGGUGGACGAAUAAAGAAGGGUUGCAACAAGACACGUUGGAUGUACAGGAACAAACAGUGGUGAGGACCCGGCCCAAAUAAGCUUGCAUACUAAGUAGAGUGGGAUAAAAUAGUGCAAGAGAUGAGAUGUAUUUCAUGUAACGAAAUGCAUAUUCUUCCAUGAAUGUGGAGUACAAUUAGGAUCCUGCAGUGUCAUUUUUAGGUACCCUUUACUUCUUGUAAAGGGAUGUUGAAUGGGGUGAAUCUUGUUAACGUAUUGUAAUAGUGCCUAUGGCCUUAGGUAGCCUUAUGAUGAACCUUGCUAUGCCUGUGAGUUCACUGCUGUAAGUUUAUAGUAAACAGCAAAUCCAAUUAAAGGGACUUUCUUCCUCGGAACAACUUCAACUCAGUAAAGCUGUUUUGAGGGCUGGAGUCUCUCCAAGUCCAUGGUAGAAGUUCUAGGGUAUUGUAACGGUAGUCUCCGUCACUGGGGAUGGAAGACAUACUAUAUGUAGGUCCCCAGAUUCUUCUUGUGUUUUGAUCACAAUGUGCCCAGUAUUAGUGCAGGGUAUGUUUUUUUCAAUUAGUGACCAGACCGUUUUUCAAUUUUCUUACCGUUGGGACCAGGGCUGUUUUUACAUUUCUGUGGUGUUUGUGUUUAGCUGUAAUUUUCCUCUUACUCAUUUACUGUACCCACACAUAUUAUAUACUGUUUUUCUCGCCAUUAAAUGGUCUUUCUAAAGAUACCAUUAUUUUCAUCAUAUCAUAUAAGUUACUAUACAUUUUUGUAUAAAAUAUGAUGAAAAAAUUAAAACAAAACACUUUUUUGAACUUUGACCCCCAAAAUCCAUUACACAUCUACAACUGCCAAAAAACACCCAUGCUAAACAGUUUCUAAAUUUUGUCCUGAGUUUAGAAAUGCCCAAUGUUCUUAGCUUUUUUGGAAAGUUAUAGGGCUAUAAGCACAAGUAGCACUUCAAACCAAUUAUUUUCAAAAUUAACGCAAGUUACAUUGUAACACUGAUAUCUGUCAGGAAUCCCCGAAUAAUCCUUCACAUGUAUAUAUUUUUUAAAAGAAGACAACCUAAGGUAUUAAACCUGGAGUAUUUUGAAUCUUUUCAUGCAGCCGUUUUACCACCAAUAUAUGCCAAAUUAAAAAAUAAUAAUAAUUGGUGAUUUUUUGAGACACAUAGCAAUUUGAGAAUAUAUGUACUAAGAACUUUAAGGGUUACUGACAAAGGACACCCCAAUAUGUGUUCAGCAUCAUCUCCUGAGUACAGGGAUACCACCCAUGUAUAGGUGUGUCGGGUUCUCUGGGGGCUAAAAGACCUUAUUUGGAGCGUGUGCAUUCGAGUUUUCCAACUUUGAAUUUUCACAGUAAAUCAUCAUGCACCCAUGUCCUAUUUGGGAUAUUUAUGAAGGCGGACAAUAUCAUUUAUCCCCAUCAAAACAUAUAUUUUUGAAAAGUAGACACACUAGGGUAUUUCAAAUGGUGGUAUUUUAACACUUUCCAUGCACUAAUUCUACCACCAGUCUUUGUCAAACAUUUGGGUAGUCAUUUUUUGUGUUAUUUUUCAUACACAUUCUAAUUUAGGCAUGGAUUAUCAGCUCCUAUUAAGUGUUACUGCCAAAGAACACCCCAAUAUGUGUUCAGCAACAUCUCCUCAGUACAGCGAUAUCACCCAUGUAUAGGUGUGUCGAGUUCUCUGGAGGCUAAAAGACCUUAUUUGGAGGGUGCACAUUCCAGUUUUCCAACUUGGAAUUUUCACAGUAAGUCAUCAUGCACCCAUGUCCUAUUUGGGAUAUUUUUGAAGCCGGACAGGCGGACAAUAUAAUUUACCCCCAUCAAACCAUAUAUUUUUGAAAAGUAGACACCCUAGGGUAUUUCAAAUGGUUGUAUUUUAACACAUUCCAUGCACUAAUUCUACCACCAGUCUUUGACAAACAUUUGGGUAGUCAUUUUUUGUGUUAUUUUUCACACACAUUCUACUUUAGGAAUAGAUUAUCAGCUCCUAUUAAGUGUUACUGCCAAAGAACACCCCAAUAUGUGUUCAGCAACAUCUCCUUAGUACAGCGAUACCACCCAUGUAUAGGUGUGUCGAGUUCUCUGGAGGCUAAAAGACCUUAUUUGGAGGGUGCACAUUCCAGUUUUCCAACAUGGAAUUUUCACAGUACCUCCAGUAAUAAAUGUGCAAACCGCCGUUUAGUAAAUGCUCCCCGUUCGCAUUAAUGUAGUCUGGUAGCGUAUGCAGUAUAAUCAUGCGAACCACCAGCUAGGGAACACUCCAAACUCCCGAACGGUACCUGUAUGGCUCUUUCCCUUCACGAACUCCAAAUCCACGAACUGACAAUAUUAGCCGAACGCCAAUAUCUUCCAAGCGGCAAAUAAUCCAAAUAAGCAGUCUCUAGUCGCCGGUAAUAAAAUCCCCCCAAUAACGAGACCAAGCUCCGCUUUGGGGGUAAAACACGAACUGAUUUACUGUGGGCUACCUGCCCGGUAUUUAUGCAGGUCUCCCACUUGGUGGACACUCCCCUAGGGGACCAAAUGGGAGACUGGAAUUACAGAAGGACAUGGGGACAUAUCAGACAUACAUCCCCUCAAUAUUCCCAGCAUGCAUCACAGUUCCCUCCCCUCUGCUCGGGGGAUAAUUGGGAAGUAAUUCAAUUAUCUCCCCGAGCAGAGGCAAAUCGCCAUUUUAAGUACAAGUCACAAAACACAUAAAAAUCUAUAACUUUAUAACUGCCGAACAUAUUGCAUUCGUGUAACACAUCCCCAGAUAGCCUGGAUCUGAGUGCAUAUUAUUGGUGAAUAGUGCUCAGAUCCCAUUCGCAUAGUUCAAACGCCAUGGAGUCAAAGUCUAUUACAGUUCUUCGGUAUGCGAUUGACUCCAUGGGACGGCUAUCUGGGUUAAGUCCAUUCGUGUUGUUGAAUCUCCCGAACGGCCGUCAUUCGUAUGCUUUUGUCGAUUGAGAAGGGGAGGUCGACGGCUUCAGCGGUGUUCGGUUGAAAAAGUGUCUGUUUUCAGAUCCAUGAAAUAAUCGUCGAACACCGCUGGUCUUUCGCAUGGUUAAAAUGGCCGCCGCCUCGUGGUCGACAUACGAACGACGACCACCCGGCAUUUGGUUUUAAUUGAGAAGUGUCUGUGGUUAACCACAACGUUCUAAUUGGGAUCAAUAGGUUAACCAGCAGCACACUUCUCUUCUGGGUGGCCGUUCGUUCGGUAGUUUCGUUCGACAAAACCAGACAUUCCCUAAAACAAAGCAUACGAAUGGGAGAAUUCAUGCAACCGGCAAAGCAGGCGAACACAGUACUUUUAGUCCAGACAGAUGGGUCUGUCACACAUCCUAGCAAAACCUCUGAACUGCUCACUGAGAACAUUUGUUCCCUUUUGAGAAAGAUGCAAACCAUCUUUUUUGUACAGGUUAUUUCCAUUCCAAACAGAGCUACCAUGAGAAAUAAAGCCAAAUCCUUGCUCCCGACACCAUUCACCAAGCCACAAAUUAAAGUCCCUAAUAUGCAUCCGCCUGUCGUUCUGAGUGUUAUGCACAGGCAGAACUUCAGAGAAUGACAGUGUGGAAGCAACCUGCCGUAUAUCAUUGGCAAACACACUAAAAACUUCCUUAACCUCUGAAACCUCAUUGCAAACCAAGUAAUUUGUCCCUAGAUGGACAAGUACAUCCAAUUCCCCUUCCUGCUUUGCUCGCUUAACAUUAUUACAGAUACGUCUCCUGUCUCUGGGAGCAGUAGCUCUUGGAAGACAACUCACAAGACCACCAUUGUCCAUCGCCACACCUCUUAUGAUGGAAUCCCCCAACAACAACUGCUUUCUAUUAGGCCUCACCAUAAUCUCCAAGCCUGUCUCCACAACACCACUAGCCUCAGUGCCCGAGCCUGUCUCUACAACACCCCUAGACUCAGUGCCUCUCUCCACAACACCACUAGCCUCAGUGCCUCUCUCCACAACACAACACCACUAGCCUCAGUGCCUCUCUCCACAACACCAUUACUCUCUGAAAGUGCAGAAAAUUAAUUAUGUAGAGCAACAGACUGUGCAAUAUGCCUUUUAUCCACAACUCUAAGUCUACCAGAUCCUACAGUAAUCCAUCUGCCAUUCCUAGUUUGUCUCUGCGGCAGUGGCUUUGCAGCAGUUCCAGUCUGAGUUUUUUCACCAGAUAAUUUACACAUCUCAGACUUCAAAAAUACAAUCUCCUGCCACAAAAUAGAGAACUGUCUACAGAUUAGUCAAAAAUGGCAUUUCGGAUCUGGACUGCCCGUAUGGGUGGGACCAGUCUGAUAUGCUUCAGAUAUGUUCUCUCUGUAAUGGCACAAGAUGAGCAAAAAUCAGCUUGAGAACUGAGCGGGGACCGACCGAAGGGCAGGCUAUUUCAGCUGCUGCCCGUCCUCAGUAUUCUCUUGCUACCCAUUUUUGACUCUCCACAAGUUUAAAGGGAUAAUCCAGACGUGGACCCCUUGCUCACGGUGCCUAGGGAGAUAUCAGCUAUGCCUCACUGAUGAUGCCUAACAAGGCUGAAACGAUCGUCUGGGGUUGCUGUAUCUCUCGUGCAGAGAGAACUUGCUGGCAUUUCGGAUCUGGACUGCCCGUAUGGGUGGGACCAGUCUGAUAUGCUUCAGAUAUGUUCUCUCUGUAAUGGCACAAGAUAAGCAAAAAUCAGCUUGAGAACUGAGCGGGGACCGACCGAAGGGCAGGCUAUUUCAGCUGCUGCCCGUCCUCAGUAUUCUCUUGCGACCCAUUUUUGACUGUCUACAGAUUAGACAACAGCCAAACCUCCAAAAAGUGGAACGUGAAACAAAUGCAUAGCAACUAUUACACUGAACUAAGUCUGCCAUUCCAAUGAGGAGAAUAAUUUAAAUCAAACAAAUCUUAACUUUUUAUUUAUCCUCCUGAAUACCUCAGAUUACCUCCAGGUUAACUCCAGAAUAUCUCCAAUCACACAUUUAGAAGCAAAACUCUCCAGAAUAUCUCCAAUCACACACUUAGAAGCAACACUUAGAUGAAGCAACCAAGCUAUAUUAGCCAAGCUAAUGACAACAACCCUUACAUAACUCCUAAAAUCACCACCCACUAGGAAUGUGUAACACCUGGGUAGGCCUCUGCUUAUUUGCAAACAAUAACUAAUUUAACCCCUUAAGGACCGGACUGUUUUUGCGAUGUUGUACAUUUGCGACCAGGCAUAUUUUUACACUUUUGUAGUGUUUGUGUUUAGCUGUAAUUUUCCGCUCUUUCAUUUACUGUUCCCAUACAAAUUAUAUAUUGUUUUUUUUCAUACCAUUAUUUAUAUAAUCUGAAAAAUUGAAAAAAAAUACAUAUUUUUUUACUUUAACUUGAAAAAUCUUUUACUCAUCUACAAAAGCGAAUGAAAAAAACUGCUAAAUAGAUCCAAAAUUUUGCCCCGAGUUUAAAAAUACCCAGUGUUUGCGUGCUUUUUUGCAAAUUAUAGGGCUAUAGGUACAAGUAGGAUAUUGCGGUUUCAAAACAUACAUUUUUUAAUUUAUCAAUAGUGAUAUUGUAACACUAUUAUCUGUCAUAAAUCUCUGAAUAACAUGCCACAUGUACAUAUUUUUAAGAUCUUGAUAAAGACCCCAGCAGGGUCGAAACGUUGAUUUCUUUUGCACAGAAUUUGUACCAUGUUUUUGAUACAGUAAAUACUUUUUUUCACUAUACUGAAGUCCUGGUGUGCUCCCCUUAUUGAUUUAUGUAUAUUUGGACGCGGGAUUGCACCUAGGCAUUUGAUCUACUACAAGAGGAAUUUCAGGAGGAGUGCCUUGCUUACCUAUUUUUGUGUGUAUAUAUAUAUAUAUAUAUAUAUAUAUAUAUAUACACACACAUAUAUAAUAUUUUUUUUUUAUUAACACUAACUUUAUUUAUUUUUUAUGUUUUUCACAUGCAGGGAGACUGCCUGUCAGCACAGGCAGUCCCCCUGCAGGCAGACACAUGGACACCUUCGUGUAACACAUCCCCAGAUAGCCUGGAUCUGAGUGCAUAUUAUUGGUGAAUAGUGCUCAGAUCCCAUUCGCAUAGUUCAAACGCCAUGGAGUCAAAGUCUAUUACAGUUCUUCGGUAUGCGAUUGACUCCAUGGGACGGCUAUCUGGGUUAAGUCCAUUCGUGUUGUUGAAUUUCCCGAACGGCCGUCAUUCGUAUGCUUUUGUCGAUUGAGAAGGGGAGGUCGACGGCUUCAGCGGUGUUCGGUUGAAAAAGUGUCUGUUUUCAGAUCCAUGAAAUAAUCGUCGAACACCGCUGGUCUUUCGCAUGGUUAAAAUGGCCGCCGCCUCGUGGUCGACAUACGAACGACGACCACCCGGCAUUUGGUUUUAAUUGAGAAGUGUCUGUGGUUAACCACAACGUUCUAAUUGGGAUCAAUAGGUUAACCAGCAGCACACUUCUCUUCUGGGUGGCCGUUCGUUCGGUAGUUUCGUUCGACAAAACCAGACAUUCCCUAAAACAAAGCAUACGAAUGGGAGAAUUCAUGCAACCGGCAAAGCAGGCGAACACAGUACUUUUAGUCCAGACAGAUGGGUCUGUCACACAUCCUAGCAAAACCUCUGAACUGCUCACUGAGAACAUUUGUUCCCUUUUGAGAAAGAUGCAAACCAUCUUUUUUGUACAGGUUAUUUCCAUUCCAAACAGAGCUACCAUGAGAAAUAAAGCCAAAUCCUUGCUCCCGACACCAUUCACCAAGCCACAAAUUAAAGUCCCUAAUACGCAUCCGCCUGUCGUUCUGAGUGUUAUGCACAGGCAGAACUUCAGAGAAUGACAGUGUGGAAGCAACCUGCCGUAUAUCAUUGGCAAACACACUAAAAACUUCCUUAACCUCUGAAACCUCAUUGCAAACCAAGUAAUUUGUCCCUAGAUGGACAAGUACAUCCAAUUCCCCUUCCUGCUUUGCUCGCUUAACAUUAUUACAGAUACGUCUCCUGUCUCUGGGAGCAGUAGCUCUUGGAAGACAACUCACAAGACCACCAUUGUCCAUCGCCACACCUCUUAUGAUGGAAUCCCCCAACAACAACUGCUUUCUAUUAGGCCUCACCAUAAUCUCCAAGCCUGUCUCCACAACACCACUAGCCUCAGUGCCCGAGCCUGUCUCUACAACACCCCUAGACUCAGUGCCUCUCUCCACAACACCACUAGCCUCAGUGCCUCUCUCCACAACACAACACCACUAGCCUCAGUGCCUCUCUCCACAACACCAUUACUCUCUGAAAGUGCAGAAAAUUAAUUAUGUAGAGCAACAGACUGUGCAAUAUGCCUUUUAUCCACAACUCUAAGUCUACCAGAUCCUACAGUAAUCCAUCUGCCAUUCCUAGUUUGUCUCUGCGGCAGUGGCUUUGCAGCAGUUCCAGUCUGAGUUUUUUCACCAGAUAAUUUACACAUCUCAGACUUCAAAAAUACAAUCUCCUGCCACAAAAUAGAGAACUGUCUACAGAUUAGUCAAAAAUGGCAUUUCGGAUCUGGACUGCCCGUAUGGGUGGGACCAGUCUGAUAUGCUUCAGAUAUGUUCUCUCUGUAAUGGCACAAGAUGAGCAAAAAUCAGCUUGAGAACUGAGCGGGGACCGACCGAAGGGCAGGCUAUUUCAGCUGCUGCCCGUCCUCAGUAUUCUCUUGCGACCCAUUUUUGACUCUCCCACAAGUUUAAAGGGAUAAUCCAGACGUGGACCCCUUGCUCACGGUGCCUAGGGAGAUAUCAGCUAUGCCUCACUGAUGAUGCCUAACAAGGCUGAAACGAUCGUCUGGGGUUGCUGUAUCUCUCGUGCAGAGAGAACUUGCUGGCAUUUUGGAUCUGGACUGCCCGUAUGGGUGGGACCAGUCUGAUAUGCUUCAGAUAUGUUCUCUCUGUAAUGGCACAAGAUAAGCAAAAAUCAGCUUGAGAACUGAGCGGGGACCGACCGAAGGGCAGGCUAUUUCAGCUGCUGCCCGUCCUCAGUAUUCUCUUGCGACCCAUUUUUGACUGUCUACAGAUUAGACAACAGCCAAACCUCCAAAAAGUGGAACGUGAAACAAAUGCAUAGCAACUAUUACACUGAACUAAGUCUGCCAUUCCAAUGAGGAGAAUAAUUUAAAUCAAACAAAUCUUAACUUUUUAUUUAUCCUCCUGAAUACCUCAGAUUACCUCCAGGUUAACUCCAGAAUAUCUCCAAUCACACAUUUAGAAGCAAAACUCUCCAGAAUAUCUCCAAUCACACACUUAGAAGCAACACUUAGAUGAAGCAACCAAGCUAUAUUAGCCAAGCUAAUGACAACAACCCUUACAUAACUCCUAAAAUCACCACCCACUAGGAAUGUGUAACACCUGGGUAGGCCUCUGCUUAUUUGCAAACAAUAACUAAUUUAACCCCUUAAGGACCGGACUGUUUUUGCGAUGUUGUACAUUUGCGACCAGGCAUAUUUUUACACUUUUGUAGUGUUUGUGUUUAGCUGUAAUUUUCCGCUCUUUCAUUUACUGUUCCCAUACAAAUUAUAUAUUGUUUUUUUUCAUACCAUUAUUUAUAUAAUCUGAAAAAUUGAAAAAAAAUACAUAUUUUUUUACUUUAACUUGAAAAAUCUUUUACUCAUCUACAAAAGCGAAUGAAAAAAACUGCUAAAUAGAUCCAAAAUUUUGCCCCGAGUUUAAAAAUACCCAGUGUUUGCGUGCUUUUUUGCAAAUUAUAGGGCUAUAGGUACAAGUAGGAUAUUGCGGUUUCAAAACAUACAUUUUUUAAUUUAUCAAUAGUGAUAUUGUAACACUAUUAUCUGUCAUAAAUCUCUGAAUAACAUGCCACAUGUACAUAUUUUUAAGAUCUUGAUAAAGACCCCAGCAGGGUCGAAACGUUGAUUUCUUUUGCACAGAAUUUGUACCAUGUUUUUGAUACAGUAAAUACUUUUUUUCACUAUACUGAAGUCCUGGUGUGCUCCCCUUAUUGAUUUAUGUAUAUUUGGACGCGGGAUUGCACCUAGGCAUUUGAUCUACUACAAGAGGAAUUUCAGGAGGAGUGCCUUGCUUACCUAUUUUUGUGUGUGUGUGUGUAUAUAUAUAUAUAUAUAUAUAUACACACACAUAUAUAAUAUUUUUUUUUUAUUAACACUAACUUUAUUUAUUUUUUAUGUUUUUCACAUGCAGGGAGACUGCCUGUCAGCACAGGCAGUCCCCCUGCAGGCAGACACAUGGACACCUAUUGUGACCAUGUGAUCGCUCUCUUGAGCGAUCACAUGGCCACAGGGGUCCUAAUCCAGUGUGGAGAGACUGUCUGGGCUGCACUGGACGGCGAUCGGGUAAGUAACUAAGACCGUUAGGACGGUUCAGGACCGUUAGCGGUCAGCAAGGCAAAAACGCAGAUGACGGUCCUAAACCGUCCUCGGUCCUUAAGGGGUUAAACAGCAAUCAAUAGCAAGUAGCUAACUAAUAAAAUCAAAUGCCUUAUAAUUACCAACAGGAAAUCAAACCUUGUGCAAUCAGUAACAUUUUCCUACAGAUGAAUCUUACCUGUAACGGUAGAAAAGAAAACUCUUAGCACAACUCUUAGACAGUUGAAGCUUCUGUAAAACUAAUCUUAAUUUUAUUAAUGACAGGAGGCUUCGUAUUUGCUUAAGUCUCUCUUUACUAGAACUUCGCAGCAGCACAGAAAACAACCAAUCAGAAAAAAGUUAGGUAUUAUAAAACUCCCUUCCCAUUGCAUCAUUUCAUCUUUCAAGCUGUGACAAAACAGAAGAAAGGCAGAAAAAAUAAUGGGAAAAACGAAGUCUUAGAUACAAAGAAUACAUCAAUGUCCAACAUCCGAGAAGAAUGGUCAAACCGGAUAGCAUUGAUAGACUGUAAAAUAAAUAAAUCAAUGUCCACCAUCCGAGAAGAAUUCCCACACCAGAUAAUGUUGAUGGAGUGGAAACUGAAACGAGAGAAAAAACAGAAUCGAACAGGUUGAUUAUCCAAUGAAAUGUACUCUGAACAAACAUGUAGGUACCCAAUGUAGCAACCAAAAUCACCUUAAUUAUGUAGAUAUCCCAACCCUACUUACGAAAAACAGACAUAAGGACAGGUGAUAGGUAGCAGAGACAACAAGCAGAGUCGUAUACGUACCUGAUUAAUCCAACUAUAAAAUUAAACAAGGGAGGGAUAAGAACGGGUGGGAAAUACUCACCUCCUGUCAUUAAUAAAAUUAAGAUUAUAGGUACACUAAAGCUAGCAUAAUCUACAAUUUUAUAACAUUACAGGAGGCUUGGUAUUUGCUGUUUUAACGCUCAGCCAACGAUGAUUGUUUCGCUGGUACCUAAUCUGGAAGUUACUAGAGCCAUCCUAAACAGACCUUCCAACUGCAAGAAGUGACAGAAUACGGAUCAAUGAAGAUGCCAGCUGUCGAGGCACCUUAAAUGCGGGAAAAAUUAUCCGCUUGUAGAUCCAUUGUACCUGGGGUUGCGACCGGUUUCCUAGCAGCCGGUCCAGGAGUUGCUAAGCUGACUUAUUAGCCAUUUUCCUGUAGGUGUAAACUGUCGAAGGUCAUUUGCGGACUUAGGGCCGUGAAAAGAAACUGCCACCAGGUCACAACUCUUGUUGUGGACGGUGGCUCCACUGAUCGUGCCAGGUUACCAGGCAAUGUGGCCUUGCAGAUAAAUCUCCAACCUCAAGUAUUGAGUCUAAGCUGACCAUUCCGUCAUGGAACACAGUAGGGUCUUUACGUUCCCUCCUGACUUACCUGGUGGGUAUUCUCAUCUGAGAAUAAAUUUAUAAAGCAGGCAAGAGUGCGUCAAACUAGCCGUAUCCUAAGUGAAUCCAGUAUUCCAUAUGGACUGUGCAACCCGCGACUGUGGUAGAGAAGGAACUCCCCAAGGGACGUCCAAUCAGGGUCCCAACUGAACUUGUGUGGUGGAACGGUGGUCGACUAUUCUGGGGAUAGUGAAUCCCGGACAAAUUCAGAAGGAUGGGAAACGUAAACCGGAGUUGAGAUUUCCAUCCAGAUAUGUCGUUGUCUAAGAGUAGUAAGAUGUAUGGAUCCAAUGUUGAUUGAGAUCUGUAUAACGGCGAAGUGUCCUCACGUACUGUAGUGAGAGAGUGAAAUAAUCCGCUUACCCGUAGAACGAUCCUUUUCCCAUGUCCGACCUGUCGAAGUUCGUGUAGGGUUUCCUGGUCUACGCGCCACCUACAAGAUAGGGUAUAACACAGUGAGACCCCUAGGUCCCUGCGCCCCUGACUGUCCGGGCACGUAUCUCCCAGAGUAGGCCCCAGGUCAAGGGAUCCAGGAAUGUGAGUUCGAUAACCGAAGUCAAGGUCUCCCUAUAGUACCUCCCUUCUUAGCUUGGAGUCCCAGCGAACACAUAGCGUUCUCCAAUACGCAGGCAAGGCGUAAAGUCCCUUUGCUCACAACAGGUGACUCCAGAGAGCAACUAUAACGUAAAAGCAAGGGUCUAGCUUCAACCGUCCGAAUCAUUUGAUGUCCCGAUUGAGAAUGUCGGCAGCCCUAUCUGAGUCUGCUAUACAUCCUGAGCAGUACCCCAGCAGUAGGUUGCGACCCAACUUUGACGUCCGUGUAGGAGUCGGGGCACCCCGGGUCCCUCUAUAGAGUCUCGUAGGACUCCUCGAUGGUAGAUGAAAAAGUGGGUUAGGGAGAAACCAAACCAAGACGGCUCCUGUGAGGGAUUAGAGUAUAGACGGAAGGCCCUCCAUCCCCGAACCAUGUUCUCCAGAUAUGUGCUCAGAGGAGCAGGGGCAGUCCUGUCAUCUUAUAACGAAAUUGUAAUGACCAGGGGACUCAAGUCAACCGGGGUUUCUGGACUUUCCAUGCAUAUGGAGUACCUGCAGACCGGGUAGAGGGCCUUCCCUAGUCUUGUUACCCAAGCAAGGCAGUGCCCAUUUGCUCCAUGAAGGUCCCAGUAUCUCACAUCAUCUUGAUCUGGGAAAAACUGUCUGCGCAGUUUGUUGGCAAUGGUCCAGAUAUCUAAAACAGAAUGCAAUUGACUGUUUUACAUAGCGCAGAAUAUACCAAAACCUGCACUCUUGUAUCCCUGAGUCUCAUUCGUAAGCCAUACCGUCUCCAGGAGUGUGUGUAAAUAGCGGGAGCCUCCCCCCGUUACACCUCUGAGAGUAUUUAUCGUGUGGGGUACAGUGGUCUGGAUCCAGUAGAUCCCUUACAGAAGGAGAAAUAGAGGGAUCCAGACUAAAUAUGUAUCCUGCAUGAUCAGGCAGCCCUCUAUAACGAAAUCGAUAGCACGGUCGUAAGAUCUAAUUGAAUGCAGGAGGGACGCCCCUCUAUGCAGUCAUCGUUGUCCUGUGCAGGUACAAGCCUGUGUGAUGAACAAAUGGACGGCACCGUAGUGCAUUAAGUGUAUGAGAGAGCCGCGCUCUCUAAUAAUGUGAUCGAACUCUGUGUCAGCGUCCGGCUGAUAGUCUGAGCGGGCCACAUCCGUUAAUAACCAGACAGUAGAGUCUACAUCCGUGACCGGUUCUCUCUACGAGAAUGUGUCACUCAAAACCUGACCUCUGUACCCAGCUCAGUAAUGGGCUGAGGUUGAGGGAGGGCCGCAAGAAUAGAUCAGUGUCUGGUUCCAUAUAUGAGAGGGGUUCGCUCUCUGUUCGUGAAAGAAAAUAUCAUUCUUGGAUCAAGGUGAUGGAGGGUCGCACCCUCUUGUAAUCCGAACUAGAGUCCUUUAGAGAUUCUGGGUGACCAACUGCAGGGGUAAGCCAUUCACUAAUAUCAGCAUAAGACUGAGAUCCUGAGGUGGGUCUCUCACUGGCCACGAGACCUCUCUCUGAAUCGCUCACCUGAGGUGGAAUUAACUGGAAAUAAACCAGACCGAUGGAAGGUGGAAUAGUAUACAGCCUUGGGCCGAGUCCCUCCCUAAUAACAGAAAGGGAUGGUGAGAAAAAGCAACCUACGGAAACAAUGAUGGGAACUACCAACUGACCGCCCGGAUCCCGCGCGCGCGGGGUCCAGGAUGACCGUUGGUAGCCUGAGGAAAGCUGGAGACGUUCUCCGCAAUCCACCAGAGCCCGGGAGGUCGGAGGAGGUCAAGUCAGGCCUCUCGACGACCCGAGCGAUAAGACCAUUUGAAGGGUCGAAAAACAAGAAACGACAAAUAAUGUAGAUAAUGGUAAAUAUGUACAUCGGAGAGCAGGUGAAUAGCAGAUCGGAACAGCAAGUCAAGUAAACCCAACUGAAAGGGUCAGGAGCUAAACAUGACGUAGGAUUAACUACCAAAACCCAAGUUGGCGUCUGAGCAAUGGUCCCUGCUUGUGCAAAAUUCUCUUCGGAGAUGUGCCCCCGCCGGGUUGGUAUGAACCAUGGUGGCGCAUCCGGGGAUCCACAUAAUGAAAAAACCUCGCCCUUCAGAACAUGAGGUUUAGGGCCUUCACCCUUUCAAUCAUAUUGAGGUGCCCAUGUACUGGUGUCCUCUUGGAUGGUAAGGCAGCAGAGCUUGCCUGGAUACCCAUCUAUCUCCAUGUCAAUAGUGGGCACUUGGCUCUUCUCUGUCAUAUCCUCCCAGGCCUGCUACCAAAAGGGAUUUUGGCACAGAUAGGGCAGGCCAGUCAGAAAGGUACUGAUAUAGCAGGCCAAUCAAGUGGGCACAGACCUAGCAGGCCAAUCAAGUGAUCACAGACCUAACAGGUCAGUCCAUGGAGCGCAGACGUAGCUGGCCAAUCCAUGGGGCGCAGAUGUAGCUGGCCAAACAAUGGGGCGCAGACGUAGCUGGCCAAUCAAUGGGGCGCAGACGUAGCUGGCCAAUCAUUGGGACGCAGACGUAGCUGGCCAAUCAUUGGGACGCAGACGUAGCUGGCCAAUCAAUGGGGAGCAGACGUAGCUGGCCAAUCAAUGGGGCACAGAACAUAACAGGCCAAUCAAUGGGGCACAGAACAUAGGCCAAUCAAUGGGGCACAGACAUAGUAGGCCAAUCCUGGGUUGCGUCUGAACGAGUAAUAAGGGACCUCUGUGAGGGUAGAGUCCCCUAUCUAUAAAUCUUCAGGGUAUCUUGAGAAGUAGGUCCCCCAGACGUCAACCCUUUAGACAGUGCAACACUGUGUUAAUACAACUGUACUGGGACUAGCAGUCCCUAAAUGCCCAGCAGGCAAAAUAGGGGUACAUAGGCUGAAAAAUGACUAUAAUGUCCAUAAAUUCAUGAUAUACAGAGCGACUCAUAUGUUAACUGUGAAUGGGUUAUGUACAUGAACCUGCAGCCCUGUGUGAGAUAUUUUCAUCAAUAUUAUGUAUAAUCAGCAUACCAUGUGAAUUGUAUUGGUGUCAGCACAGACUGGUCUCCCAUGCAGUUUGAGCCAGAGUCAGGUCUGCUUAGCUUUUUAUAUACGCCAUGCACAGUAAAUAUCUUACUAUAGAAGUCUUAGCUCUGACUUCAGGGAUGGAUCAGGCACAUAUACACUGAAGCACAAAAUCUUCACAUCAUGUCAAAUCCAUCAAGGAAUAUGGGCACUUGAUCCACAUGUUUCUGUAUCAAGUGUAUAAAUACCCAGCAAAUUCCUUGUGACCCACAGUGCUUGGGCUCUUGUAGUACAGGGGAUUUGAACUCUUGGAGGAAGUUACUACAGAAGCACACAAUAGUGUGCUUACACCUGGCCUAAUAGGUGAACUGGCUCUGUAUGAACCAUCUGACAGCCAGAACCCCAACAGGUGAAGAAAACUAUACUCCGACCACCGUAGGUGGAGGAGGGGCCGCGGGCAGGCGCAUCCUCCUCUAGCCGGUCGGAUGCUUCAAAGGAGCCACGCGGCUUUAGAGGGAGCUGUCCGCGGCGAUGUGGCCACGUGCGUGAGAGGCCUUGCCGCCGGGUACUCACGUCCGACCGCGAGCAAUCCCGGGCGCCGGCAGGCUCACACUUUACCUCAGGGAAUCAGAGGAGGCAGCCUUAAAACGGCUAGUCUCCUGACUCCCCGAGCGGAGCACCCGUAAUCCGUGGGACGAGGAACAGAAGGGCAACAGAAUGUGGGGUAGGGUGAAAAACGAAGGGGGAUAAGCCGAACGUUACCCCCAUAUAACCACCACAAUAGAGGAAGCAUCCCCAAAGAAGCAGGGGAGGCCAAUAGGAGACAAAAGGGCAGUAAACCUAAUACAAUAUAUGAAAUAUAUAUAACUAAACAUAAUAUGUAUAAGGCAUAAAAAUGUAAUAGGAAACUAAAUAUAAAAUAUAAAAAUGUAUGUAUAAAAUACAAAUAUAAUAUGACAACUAAUACAAUAUAUAAAAUAUAUAAUGUGAAACAAGCAUAAUAAAUAUAAAUCAUAAAUCCUACUAAAUCUCAAAGCCCCCCACCAUAAGCAGGAGGCAGUGGUACUCUGACCUGUACUGAUGCAGAGCAGCAAAGAAAGAGGAAAUGAUGCAAUGGGAAGGGAGUUGUAUAAUACCUAACUUUUUUCUGAUUGGUUGUUUUCUGUGCUGCUGUGGAGUUCUAGUAAAGAGAGACUUAAGCAAAUACGAAGCCUCCACUCAUGUGAUAAAAUUAACCUCAUCAUGGCAUACCAUUUGUAAAAGUAGACAACCCAGGGUAUUCCAAAUGGGGUAUUUCCAGUCUUUGUUGUAGCCACUUAGUCACAAACGCUGGCCAAAGUUAGCGGUUUUAUUUGUUUUUCUAUAAAUGUUUUUGUUUUUAACAUUUUUUAUACACACAUAUAUAAUACGUGCGCUUGUAAAUAUUAUACAUCUAUAUAUAAGAUUUUUUUAAGUCUAGUAAUUUGUUUUUUAUAGGAUUAAGUAACAUCAUAUUGCUUUUGAUUUUGAAAGAGAACGAGCAUAAAUUAUAACUACAUUUAUAAGUUUGCAUCCCCCUUUAUUAGAUUUAGAAGGUUAUACUCACAGAUAUCUAUAAGAGGUAGACUUUUAACCAGCUUAUCACAUUGAGUGUGAUAUCCAUAUUACCCUUGUAAUUUCUUCGCUUAGAACUAUGAUUUUUGGUUAGAUUGGUGUGGUGUCUUAUUUCUUUUUAUUACUUAGAUAUCACAGUAUCUAUACCAAGUAUAGGCACUUCUAAUCAAUUUUUUCAUAUUUAGACAUGUAUACUUAGUCAUCCUUAUAUUGAGGAUUAUACACUUGAAUCUAUAUGAAUUCAUUUAAUGCUUCCCCACUUAUGCAUAGAAUCACUUUAUAUUUAUAUUUAUUGUUAUUAGUCUAAUUAUGUAUGAUUUUUUUAUUGAACUGUAUAAUUAGGGUGCAAUACAUAUCACCUUCCACAUGGGGGAUAAUAGUGGAUAAUUAUUUAAUCUGGGGUUUCUAAACACUUGUGGUUUAAGAAGUAUAUUGCUUGUGAGCUUAGACAUCUCCAUUCAACCAUCGGGUCACAUACAUGGAACAAGUUUCUGGUGCCGUUUUUGUGCUACCGGCUGACAGAUUAAGUCUGUCUGAUACCAGCAUUUAUAAUAUCGAAUUUCCUCCAAUGGGAUGCGAGCGUCCUCGGUUACCCAGCCAACGUGAGGCUCGACCUAUCAGGACCACUUCUAUAGUCAGAUGACUAACCAGGAAGUAGUAGCACAAUACAGCAAAGGGCACGACGUUCCCGAUGGUUGAUGGUGAUGUAUAACAGCUGAUGAGUAACAGCUAAAUGUGAGUAUGCAAUUUUAACAUCUCCUAUAUAAGUAUGUUUUUUUCACUGUUAAGAAUGUCUUUGUCCUGAUGAAAGCUCCCUAGAUAAGUGAUAAGUUUUACAGUUUUAAACACUCAUAUUUGUGUUGAGUGAAGUCUCCCGUGUAUAACAAUAGCCCCCAUGUACAGGUUUUAUGGUGUUUUGGGAUGUUACAGGGUCAAUAUAGGGCUUGCCCAAUUCAGUUUGCCAGAUUGCUUUGCUGGGUCUGUGUUGCCUUUUGAGACAAUAUGGUAGCCCAGGAAUGUGAAAUAACCCCAUCAUGGUAUACCAUUUUUAAAUGUAGACCACCCAGGGUAUUCCAAAUGGGGUAUUUCCAGUCUUUUGUUGUAGCCACUUAGUCACAAACGCUGGCCAAAGUUAGCGGUUUUAUUUGUUUUUCUAUAAAUGUUUUUGUUUUUAACAUUUUUUAUACAUAUAUAUAUAUAUAUAUAUAUAAUACGUGCGCUUGUAAAUAUUAUACAUCUAUAUAUAAGAUUCCAGAUGCACACUAAGAAGUAAAUUUUUGAAAUUCCUUGAGUGCCGGUAUCCUUUCUUUAUCUACAUCCGAGCCACCAGAGCACCAGGUAUUGUUUUCUAUAAGUUGGAGUGCAAGGGCCCUUUGCAUUUUUAUAUAUAUAUAUAUAUAUAUAUAUAUAUAUACACACACACACACAUGUAUAAUAUACAAUGGGACCUCGGUUUACAAAUGCCUCGGUUAACAUAAUUUUCUGUUUACAAAUGAAAAUCCAUUGAAAAUAAUGCCCGAACAUAGAUUUGAGGGAUUCCCUGCUCUGGUGCGUUCGUCUAUGUUCGGGGAAGUUUUCCCGAACAUAUACAUACGCACCAGAGCAGAGAAUCCCCAUGACGGCUUGCACUAACGCCUGGUCGUAAGUGCGAUCCGUGGUAGGUCGCCAAAUGAGGACCACCUGUAUAUGUAUAAUAUAUUUAUUCUAUUAUUUUUUUAGCAGCCUGGGGGACUGCCUGACAGCUCAGACAGUCCCCCUGCUGGCAGCUCCUAGAGUCCUAUUGUGGUGAUGUGAUCAUGGUGAUCACAUGGCCAUGGAGGGCCGGGGUGGCCGGAGCUGCUGUAGGGGGACUGCUGGGGCCUCUGGCAGUCCUCCCCGACCGUGAUCGAUGCAGAUCAUUGGUCUAGGGCUCCUAUUGCGGAGGUCCUGUCACGGACGUCCUGAACGACCGUGUUUUGUUGGACGUACCUAGUUUGUCCUCGGUGGUUAAGGGGAAAUUAUACAUAGAUAUAUAUAUAAAAUUUAAUUCUAAGUGUAUUUUGAUUUAAAUAUAUAUAUAUUUAUAUCAAAAUACAGUGAGAAUAAAAUUACAUAUUUAUAUACAUAAUUUCAAAAAACUAUUUUUCACAGUUUAUUUUUAAUUAUUAUUUAUUUGUCAUAAUAUAAAUACAUAAUAUAUAAAAUUAUAUAUUAUAUAUACACGUGUGUAAUUUUACUGUGUAUAUAUCUUUUAUACAACAUUAUGACGUUAUGUAUAAGAUAUAUAUAUAUAUACGUAUUAUAUAUAGAUAUAAUAUAUAUAUCUCAUAUAUACAUAUAUAUAUAUAUAUAUAUAUAUAUAUACACUUUUUUGAACUUUUAUUAACUUAAUUUUAAGUUUUAUUAACGUUAUUUGAACUUUUCCACCAGCAGGGGAACUGCCUGUCAAUUCAGGCAGUCCCCCUGCUGGCAGUACUGUGGACACCUAUGGGGCCAUGUGACCAUUCUUUUAGAGCGGUCACAUGGACCCUGGGGGUUCUAAAUUGGAGAGGGGGGACUCUCUGGGCUCAGUCCAGACAGUCCCCAUAAGAGAAGAAGACCGAUCGCCGGCGGGGGAACGCAGUGAUCGGUAAGUACAUGGGGAAGGGGGGAGGGUAGGGGGUAAUUUUUUUUUAAUUAAUUUUUUUAUUAUUAUUUUUUCUUAAAGGGACCCUCCAGGCACCCAGACCACUUCUUCCCAUUGGAGUGGUCUGGGUGCCAACUACCCUUAACCCUGCGCAAGUGUAAUUUUUGCAGUUUUUUAUAAACUGCAAUAAUUACCUUGCAGGAUUAACUCCACCUCUAGUGGCUGUCUGCUAGACAGCCACUAGAGGGCACUUCCUGCUCUAUAGCACAGAAAACCUGUGCUAGAGCGUCGCUGGACGUCCUCACGCUGUGUGAGGACCUCCAGUGUAACUCAAUUCCCCAUAGGAAAGCAUUGAAAAGCAUUUUCAAUGCUUUCCAAUGGGGAGCUCUAAUGAACAUGCGCGUCCACCGGCCAAUGUAAAGACUGGGAGGAACGGCGGCGAGAAGAAACCACCGCCGAAGGACAUCGGCCGGGUCUCAGGUAAGUGACCUGAAGGGGUUUUCACCCCUUCAGCAACCGGGGACUGGGGGGUGGGAGGGAGAGGAAACCUGCAGUGCCAGAAAAACUGAUUGUUUUCCUGGCACUGGAGUUUCCUUUUAAUUUUUACAACUGUUACUGAGUGCUUCGACCUCUUGAGGCACUUAGUAAACGUUAGAGCAUCUGAAGCCUGCGGAUUGCUUCAGAUGCUUUCCUUACACUGCCGGGCGCACGUGCAGCAAACCCUGAAGUGAUCGUCCAGCGCUCAAAAUAGCUCAAAAUAGCAGUGGAUGUACCAGGUACGUUCGAUGGUCCUUAAGGGCCGUUUUUUGUCGGACGUACCUGGUACAUCCGCGGUCGGAAAGGGCUUAAUGCAUUGCUUGUCUGUGCCUCUCCCCCUCCCCCCUUUUCCUGUCCCAUUGUUUUCCCAGCAGGGUGUUGUUCCAGGAACACUGCAAGACCAGUUUGAACUAGCUGCUUUGUCCCUCCCCAUCAGCCCUUGCUAUUGUGUGACCCCACCAUUCCUUGUACUAUAGUACUCUAUGCACCCUAUUUAUGUAAAUGAGGCUGUUGGGGCUUAAAAUAUGUGUGCUAUGUCUAGUAAAGUUAGUUGCUGUUUUAACCUUCACCAAGUGUCGUCUGGUGUUUGGGGAAAUCUCCUGGUGGAAAAUGUGUCCGGGGCUAUAUACACAGUAGCCUGGUUCAGGGUGGAAAAGGCCCUCAGUGAUCCCAGUCAAGCCCCGGCGACUGGGUCUGUAGUGCUCCAGGGUCCCUGAUAGCUACGAAGAAGCAGACUUGACGAAAGUACUCGGUCGGAGUACUGAAGCUCCGUCACAGGUAUUGUCAGAACUGUUCUACACAUGUUUUUACUAUUUUACUAUUUUUUAUGUCAUAUUUAGCAAUAACAUUAAAUAUAUCUUCUCCAUAGAUGAAACAAUUAAACUUAAAAGGAAAACUCCUAACUGUCCUGCUAUUACUAUUGAGAUUAAAAAAACACCAGAGAAUAUAUCAGUGGACCUUGUUCUUGCUUUGGAAGUAAAAGGGAGCUGGCCUGUAGCAACUAGAGAUGGAAUGAAUAUUGAUCGUUGGUUAGGGACCAGAAAGAAAAAGGAGUACAAGUACGAGAACGUCUGCUUGGUAGCCAAGCAACCAGAUGAAAGUAAAGACAAAGGUAAACUUGAUGAAUUGUCUGUUUGAUCUACAUGCAAUGUUUGUGCUAAAGGAUAUGCAAUGCAGGUAAUAUGGAUGUGAACUGCUUACAUUUUGUAUGGAGAAUGCUGUUUAAAAAACAUGCUAAUUAAACAAUCCAAACUUGAGUUAACUGACACAUUUUAUAGUAUUAUAGUGAAAGGUAUUAAACUUAAACUUUAUGCAGCUUCCACAGUGAGCACUCACCAGACCACAUAGUGGUUCAAACUAUUCUAUUGCUCCCAUAACUUUUUAUAGGACCAUUGAGGUUAUAGGCAUGUCUGUGUUUAGUUGAGUUGCAGUUCAGUUGUAAACUUGUCCGUGAAAGUCUGGUGGUGCCAAAUGGUCACCCUUUAACCCUCAUAAUUAGGCAGUUGGUGAGACACUAACAAUCAAAUCAGUUUACGUAACUCUGAAGCUUAGAAUGUUUUUUUUUUUUUUCUUUUUUUAGCCAAAGGAUAAAAUGUAUGGCUCCUCCCUAAACCAUACGCCAUACUUUUGACACACACAAGCCCAUACACACACAGUGUAUGGCAUGUGUCAAACAAUUUUAUUUUUUUAUUUCAUCCUGUUCCACUCUGUACCUUUCUCUCACCUCUCCUUACUUGUCUCCUUCUUAUCGUGGUCAUUAGCGAAUGUCAGAACACAAAGAGACAAUGAAUUCCUUGCCCUGACCCUUCACCAGUGCUGCUGCAUGCACCCGGCAGGGCUCAAAGAAAAAAAACAUGUCUGCCGUUAUCUAAGGAAUACUCUCCCUUUAAUAAAAUGUAUGAGUAGAGUUUAUAUUUGUUUGUCAAGAGUUUGUUUUGUUUCUAUUGUUUACAUAUUUAGAGCAAGCCUGGCGCCUUUCAUUUUCACACAUCGAAAAGGAAAUAAUUAAGAACCAUGGUAAUGCAAAAACUUGUUGUGAGCGUGAAGGACAAGCAUGCUGCAGGUGAGUGUAAUUUGAAGUUCCUGUAUUGUAAUAAAGCUAUUCAUUAAAGGAACACUCCAAACACCAUAACCACUGGUGCAUACAACAGUCAUUUUUUUCCAGUUUGGCCACUUUGGCCCUAAAUGUGAAAUCUGUUUUAAAUUCACCUUCCAUUCGCCACAAAUCUCACUUUAGUGUAUAACUUUGCAGUUGUUUAACACAUUUUUGUUUUGCAAGUUUAAAGAGAAACUAUAGCGCUACGAAUACAAACCUGUAUUCCUGGCACUAUAGCUCCCUCUGCCUCCCUCCCUCAAUGAGCUGAAGUGAUCCCUACAGUGUCCCAUUAACCUGAUUCAUGACCUUCCAUAAUUGAACUUUCCUGAAUUAUAUUUGGAUUGCCACUGCUAAAUAUUCCAUGCUACAGCUACUCAGAAGUAUUGUGCAGAGCAAGACUGUAUAUAUUGUAUCUUUUUAUUUCUAUUGUUAUCUUAAUUUUCUACUGAAGAGGACCCAUUACUCUAAACUCUCUUAAAAUAAGUUGGCAGCAUGGCAAUGUAUGAGAUCAGAGCAUGAACAAGAUUAAGAAGCAUGUUUUACAUAAUAGAUGUGGAAUAUUCACCCCGUGAUAGUAGAAAGUCAGAUACUUUGGUGCAGGAACAAUCCAAAUUGCUUAUACACUGACCAGCCACAGCAUUAACACCACUGACAGGUAAAGUGAAUAACAUUGACUUUAUUCUUACAAUGGCACCUGUCAAUGGGUGGGAUAUCGUAGGCAGCAAGUGAUCUUUCAGUUCUUGAAUUUCAUGUGCUGGAACCAAGAAAAAUUGACAAGUGAAAAGAUCUGAGUGAAUUUGACAAAUAGUGAUGGCUAGACGACUGGGCCAGAGCAUUUCCAAAAUGCAGUGGUUAGUGGUUACAAAUAACAUACAAUAGGACAUCCCCCAAAUAACUUCAAACAUCAUCCCAAUGAAUGAGCACCAUAUGUAAGCUGAAUCCAUCUUUGAAGAGUUUGAAUGCCAAAUGUCUUGUUUACAGCAAACACCUUGAACCACUUUCCGGUAGACAGGACACUGAUUUCCUACUCGAUGACGUGUUGUGGGAUCAGCUUCUUUAGAUCACAAUGCAUAGUGACUCAUAUACUGCCCUCAUAAUGCACUCGCUCACACAAUUGUCGAAGAAAGUCUGGAUUUUAUGCUGGGAGUAACAACAGCAUAACCAGAGUAAUGAUAAUAAGAAAAAAAUAAAAAGUAAGGUGAUUAAGUAUAGUCAAAAUGCAGAAGGAAAUUUAAAAUCCCCUGAAAGUGGAUAUCAUACCGGGUGGACAAAAAUGAGAACGCCAUCUGGGCAUGACAAUAGGAGAAUGAAAAGAAAGAGCAGUCUUUGUCAUGCACAGAAGGAUUGAGGGAUUUCGCUAACCAAUCACUUUGAGGCUUUGGCUAAUUAACAUGAUGAUCAUAAUAAUGACAAUCUAUUCCCAUCAAAUGCACUCAUUAAUGUUUUGGAACUGUAAAUUAUCAGAUUAUUGUUAAUAUUUUUUAAAAAGGUAUUAAAUUCAUCCCAUCAGGAUUUCUAAUUAUUUCUCAGUGUAUGUUGAUGUUUUAAAAUAUUCUAAAACAGGAACUUUAAAAAUAUUUUUUUGAUAGAAAUGGUGUAAGAAGACAAUAAUUUAGAUAAUGAAAAUGUAUGUAAAUAUACUUAAUUGAAAAAAAAUUAUCUACUUUUUAUCCAAGAUCCUACAGAACAAUAGAUAUGUUUGAGCAGUUCAGGAUCUUGAGAAUUAGAUAAAAAUAAAAACAAUGUUUGUAUUAAUUUAAAUCCAAAAAAAAGAGUAUUGCAAUUUAACCCGUUAGUGACCCGACCGCUUUUCAAUUUUCUUACCGUUUGGGACUAGGGUUGUUUUUACAUGCAUUGUUUGUAUUCAACUGUAAUUUUUCUCUUACUCAUUUACUGUACCCACACAUAUUAUAUGUUGUUUUUCUUACCAUUAAAUGGUCUUUCUAAAGAUACCAUUAUUUUCAUCAUUGCAUAAUUUACUAUAAAACAAAAGUAUAAAUUAUGAUGAAAUCUUUUUUAGAAAUCACACUUUUUCAAACUUUGACCCCAAAAUCUGUUACGCAUCUACAACCCCCCAAAAACACCCAUGCUAAAUAGUUUCUUCAUUUUGUCCUGAGUUUAGAAAUACUUAAUGUUAACAUGUUCUUAGCUUUUUUUUUUUUUUUUUAAGUUAUAGGGCUUUAAGUACAAGUAGGACAUUGCGGUUUAAAAAAAAUAUAUAUUUUAAAAAUGUAUCAAUAGUGACAUUGUAACACUGUUAUCUGUCUUAAAUCUCUGAAUCACACCUCACAUGCACAUAUUUUUUUAAAUUAGGCAACCCAGGGUAUUCAAUAUGGGUAUGUCCAGUCUUUUUUAGUAGCCAUUUUGUCACAAACACUGGCCAAAGAUAGCAUUUAUAUUUGUUUGUUUGUUUAAAAAUUCAAAAAACAAUUAUGAACUCCAACUUUGGCCAGUGUUUGUGACUAAGUAGCUACUAAAAAGACUGAACAUACCCCAUUUGCAAUACCUUGGGUUGUCUUCUUUUGCAAAUGGUAUGCCAUCAUGGGGGUAAUUCUUAUUCCUGGGCUACAAUACGCUCUCAAAGGCAACAAAACCAAUCUGAAAAAACAGCCUUAUAUUUGACCCUGUAACUUUCAAAACACCCCUGUACAUGGGGGUUACUGUUAUACUCAGGAGACUUUGCUAAACACAAAUAUUAGUGUUUCAAAACAGUAAAACUUAUCACAACAAUAAUAUUAUCAGUAAAAGUGCCAUUUGUGUGUGAAAAAUGCAAAAAAACUCACUUUCAAUGACAAUAUCAUCACUGUGAUAUGUUUUACUGUUUUGAAACACUAAUAUUUUUGUUCAGUGAAGUCUCCCGAGUAUAGCAGUACCCCCAUGUACAGGUUUUAGGGUGUCUUGGAAAGUUACAGGGUUAAAUAUAAUGCUAGCAAAUUAAAUUUUCUGGACUUUCGGCCUGUGUUGUUAGGCUUCCCCCAAAUUGCAAUCAAUAAAAUUUCUUAAUUAUGUAAACAUAUUACAUAAAUAUGCACAUAGAAUUUAAAUAUAUAUACAUAUUUAUAUAUUUAAAGUCUACGUGUAUAUUUAUGAAAUUAUUUAUGUAAGUAUGUAUAUGGACAUAUGUAUAUUUCAUAUUAUUUUUAUUUAUAUAUCCAUGGAUAUAUAAAUAAAUUCAUUCUAAGUGUAUUAUAUAUAAAUUAAAUACAGUUAGAAUAAAGAGCAGUUAGAAUAUAGAGCUUGAAUGGUGAUUUCCUAAUUUGGAGCAAAGCUUGAUUCAGCCAAUACACAAAGGGGUUAGAGGUGAUUUGGGAGCCGUCCUAUUUCAUGCUACUUGUGUUCUGUUGAUGAAGAACACAAGUAGCAUCACCAGGUACAACUGUGGGCUUGGUGAUUGAGGUUUAUCUCUAUGCUUCUGGAGGAAUUGCUUUAAAUAGUAUUUUGUGGAGUUUCUAUGUCCUGAGCUGUACUUUAUCUGCUGCCUGCUUGUGAGUGACUGAAUGACAUGGUAAUACCUCCCAACAAUGGGAGGUAUGUAAUCAGGGUGUGUGAGUCCUUCAGGAGGCAUCACCAAUUACACAACUUGCAACCCUAAUAAAGUCCAUAUCAAUACCCGCAAUGAAUGGGCCCGUCCAAAAAGUGGUUCUAAUGGUCUCAGCUCAGCAUUAAUGCAUCUAAUAUUUGGGAUGGUCGGACAGUACUGUGAAAUCUCAUUUUCAAUUACUGAUCAGUAAAUAAAGUGUUUUAGCCAUGUAUGUUUACAAUAAGGAUUUACAUAUACAUAGAAAUUAACAAAACACAUGUUUUUUCUGUUUGCAUAUUUUUUUUCUUUUUAACAGGAAAUCAUGCCUUAAACUUUUGAAAUGCCUUUUGGAACUCAUAAAAAAUAAUUCCAAUAAAAAGAGCCUGGAUGUGUUCUGUUCAUACCACGCUAAGACUGCGUUCUUACAUUACUGUGCAAUUAACCCAUUAGAUACACAAUGGUUAACAGAAGAUCUGCAAAAAUGUUUUGAUGAUUUUGUUGGAUACUUUCUAACAUGCCUUAAAGAUGCGAGACUCCCUAACUUUUUUAUACCUCAUCACAAUCUGUUUGACAGCAGAAUUAAAAAAAAACACUUUACUCUUCUUCAUGAUGAAAUAGAACAUGAGAAAAAUCAAGGAUAUCCAAUCUUUGAUAAACUCUGGGAUUUAUGAUUUUAAUAAUUUUUCCCAUGAUUAACUCUUUGCCCAGCUCACCUAUGCAAAUGUUUUUGGUUUUUAUCUGAAUGUCUCUAGGUAGUUUUAAAAAAAAUAAAAUAAAUAUCCUGAUUGUUUACACAAAAUGAUCGCGUAUCAAAGAGCAAUAGGAAGCAUCUACUGUUUACAUUGUCUUCCUAGAGUAAUUGCAGUAAUAUAAAAUAAUAAUUAAAUUUAAAUUUUACAUGAUUGUCUGGAGAGCUGAAUAGCAUAUAUUAAAACUAUAAUUUUGUACAUUUAUCUGUAUGGUUUAAUCAUGCGAUCUGCUAUUAAAUUAAAUAUGGGUAUUAGCUUUUGUAUCAACUAUAGCAUUUCAUGUAUUUUUUUUAGUCAGUGCUCAAUGGUCAUGACAGAGACCUGAUAUUCAUAUGUUGUUUACUGUAAAAAAAAAAAUUGUUACAAUUUGUAAUAACAAUGUUAAAAAAGCUUUGAUACUGGGAAUUAUGGUCAGCUUGUUUUCUGAAUAAAGAAUCAAUUAACUAGUUUUCCAAUUGAGGAAUUGGUCAAUCAGCUUAAAUUGAUUACAGAAUAUUGGUCUAGUAGUCAAUUAGUUGAAUUAACAACAAUAACCUUGAUAGAAUAGUUGUACUAGUGCACAAGUUCUUAAAUCUCAAGAAUAUAAUCUACAACCAGGGCU